AGGCAACAAUUAAUCUGAGGUGUUGACAGUUUUGCAGAACCCCUCAGGAGUGCAAAAUGAAUCAGGUGAGUUUUAUUAAGAUUUGGGGAGAGGAUAGAGCGCUAAAAAUGGGGAACUUGGAGUUUUAAAAGAUACUGAUUUGUUGUUUGUGCUAAAGAGAAAUAUCAGGUACCUGGACAACUUUUAUGCAUAAGAGAUCGUGGAUGGUUAAAAUGAUCCAGAUAUUUCAAUAAAUAAAUGGUUAUGUCACAAGUUUCACAUCUACUCAGAUCUUUUUAGAAUCAGACUGGACAUUUUUGUUUAUUGCAAUAACUUAAUAAAUUAUACAAGCGCAUCUCCUAAUAUUGGUCUUUUUUUGUUUUUUUUUGUUACUGUACUUAUUUGUUAUUUUAUUUAACUGUAAAAUACGUGUACAUGAAUAAAGCAUAUAAAAAAAUGCUUAACUCUGCAGCAAUCCUGUGUACAGCGUGUUGUUGUUGUUGUUCUAUGAUGCUCUGGAUACAUUCAGGCGUGCUUGGACAUUUUUAUUGGAAAAUGCAAUAAGAGAACACACUAACUUGGGCAUCACUUCCCUGUCUUUUUUCGCAUGUGCCCUUCUGGUGACCAGUGGCGACUUGUGGGGAGCCAGACUUCUCCCUUUGAAAUUUACUCUGACCCUUGACUAUGUAGACUCCAUCUUCUGAUCUGUAGCAUCUGUCUGCCUAAUUACGUGUACUUAACCCCUAGAUGGUAGUCUACAUGCAAUACACAGAGCUUUUGUGGCAUAAAGCCCAAACAUGGUUAUUUGCCAACUACAAAUUAUCAUGCUAGGCAUAUUAAAUCAAAGUACAAUUUAUACAGACAAUAAUUACAAACUACAUUUACAUAAAUGUUUGUAAAUGUCCUGAUCUGUAUAAACUAGUUUUGUAAAUUCAUAAUGAGAAACAAAAUACAAUAAAAUGGAUGAAAUUAUGAAUAUUCGUAAUAAUAACGCAGACUAAAGACUGACAAAGGGUCUUGGAAGUUGUAAUUCUACAAUAGCUCAGAAUCUACCUUGUGCCUCUUCUGUCUAUAUAGAAUGUUGCUUAUGCAUAAUACCGAGGAUAUCACUAUUGCUGUUUUUUUUUUUUUUUUAAACCUUUUUUGAGUAAAUGUUUUUCCCUCUAUUUAUUUAUUUUUGUGAGUAGUCCUUUUGGUUUUUGUGUUUUUUGUGUGUGUUUGUUUUUUUGCAUAUGUUUAGAAUAGUUAAUAAUUUCUCACCCCUGUUUAUUUUUAUGUUGUAGGAUGCAAUAAAAUCUUCAGCAACUGUAGAGACAUUGGCUGAGGUGCCUCAACAUGUACUUAGGGGGCUUCCUGAGGAAGUGACACUUGCACCUUCUGAAGUAGAUAAGACUCGACUUGGUAAGAAAUGCAGUUGUGUAAUAAUAAAUACUUCAAUCUUGCACAGUAGGGUGCUAUAGGUAUAUACUGCACAUGAGCAAGAUGAUUCCUGAUCCCAUUAUAUGUGUGACCAAAAGCUGAUAUGAAAUUGCAAGAGAUGGCCGCAAAAGCACAUCCCAUUACCACAUAUAGACAGAGAUCGGCAAUUACAUGAGACAAGGACUAUGUCCCAAGUUAGUGCUGAUCUAAUUUGUAUUAUUGAAAGUGCAAAAGUGCCAAAGCUGCUUUCAAGAAAGGACAGUUACAUUUAAAACAGUUUUUCUCUUGCGGUUUUGUCUGUUCUGUGAGGAAAGGGGGGGUUGUCUUAUAUUCACCCUGGGGUAUACUCCAUUUAUUAGGCUUCUUUUUAUAAAUAAAUAAAUAAUUUAAAGAAUGAGUUGUUAUGCCACAAAUGGAACUUACUACACUGAGGUAGAACGCAUAAAUUACAAUAUGUGCAUUAAUAUAUUUGCCAUCAGUCCUCAAUCUGGGUAUACCAGAGAAAAGUUCCUAUAGCCCGUGAUAAAACCAAGCAGUGUGAUUUCAGGAAUUUUUUUUUUCUCAUAUGGACACAACAGAUGUGUUUCAACCUGCUAAAAGGGGUUACCAACCCUGAAAGUAGGAACCCCUAAACAUAAUGAAAUACUAAAAUGAAGCUAUAAUCAAUUAGGAGAAGGGUAUAAAACACAAAAAAUACCUUAUUUUGGACAUUUCAGAGUUAUUUUAACUUGGCAAAACAAUGGCAAAAUUCUGACUUAACUUUUUUUUUGUGUGCAAAUGCCGCUUCAUUAAUCACUUCUAUUUCUUGAUCCGGAUGUCCCCUUAUUUUCAUUACUUCUGAAGUUGUGUCUUCUCCAACCAAAAUGAUCAGAAUAAUUUGAUGGUAUAAAUAUUGAAUGGGUCCUGCCCAUAGCAAAUGUUUACAGAGUUUUACCAAACACUUUUCCUUUGCUCCACCACCCAUUACCCAAUUUAUUUUUGUUCACUUUUUGACCACCUGCUUUUUACCAAAUCUGGGCAUUCCAUACCUCAUUCUUUGCUAACAAGCUCUUUCCUCUUUCAUGUCCCCUGUCCCCCACUAAUUCUCUCCUAAAAUGUAUGUACGCCCAUCUUUGUAGCCCUCUACCAAUCCUGCUUUCCUUUCUUGGAAGGUUAGUUUCAUCCUUAAUUCCCUCUUGCUAAAUCAAAAUAAACAAGGCAAGAACAGUUGCAGAAUUUGCUUAGCGAUAUGAAAAAAAAUGUUUAUGUACUCCUUUCUUGUAUUUUUCUUAACCCGCUUUACUUUUUGUGUAUCUCUUAAUCUCACUUACCUCUUGUCUUUUUCUUAACCCUUUUACCCUUUGUGUCCUCCCCACCUACAUGACAUGCAUGCAACCGUGGGCAUGUAUAGUAACAUUUAUAGACACACAGUCACUUAAAUAUAUAUGGAUACACAAACAUGCACAGAGUGACACAGUAGGAGACACAUGGUCACAUAGUGACACUGUCACAUCUAGACACGCAAAGCCAGACAGAAACCGUCACAUAGGCAGGCGCACAUUCACCCAUUAUUACAGGCAUACACGAUAACACACACCAGACACAAAGUCUUAAAGGCACAUAGUCAUCAACUCUGCUUCCAGUCCUACCUUUCUGGGUACAGGAUGCAGGGGAGGAUAGGAGACCAGAGAACAGCCCCUGGUGUCUAGUGGUUGGGGAAGCAGGAACUCCUUCUGCCUCCCAAUUGCCAUGCAGCUCUUUCCAAGGAGCAGGUGCCAGCGGCAUCACUACUCCAUGUCCCUAGACACAGGGAGAGGAUAAUGACGCCACACUGCCAUGUGCAAAGAGCAAGAAUUAGGACUGUCACUCGGGGCGCCCUGUCCCUGCACCUCACUUGAUACACUACUGGUUAGCACAUGCAUACAUUAAAUGUUAUGAACUAUAAAGUGACACAGUGUAAGGUUUGCAUGACAAAAUUAUUUUAAAAUAUGGUUCCUAAAAGCUAAUGCAUUUUAAAAAGCAAAUCUAGCAUUUUUGCCCAGCAUUAGAAGCUGGAGGACUAUUUGUUGUUGUGUCCUUUCUGUAGCAGAUUGCUUUGAGUUUAUGAACCCCAUACGAAUUGAUUAAAUAUUUAACAAAGAUAAUUGACUGGCAAAAGUUUAAAAAUUUAAAAUAUAAUAUUCUGAUUUUCUACAAGAGAAACGUGGAGUUAUUUGACAUUAACUGCACAGCCUUUAUUACAUAUUGUCUGCUGUGAAAAUAAUUUGUUUAUGUCAGACAGUAAAGUGUAAUAUUUUGUUAAACUCCUAUAUGAAUAUCUAGCUUUAGAUUACAAAUUAAUUUUUACUGUUUCUAUAUUGGCUGGCAAGGGGUUAAACAAAUACUAGUCCUUUAGCUACUGGAUGGUCAAGGUUGGACACUCCCUGGUCAUGAACCUCUUUAUCGGUUAUUUACGCAAGUUGUAGUAAAUGUGGAUAAAAACAUGAUGAGUACUUCCCUGUCAUAUUAGCAUGACUCUCAUUGUUGCUUUGCAACCACUCCUAAAUAUUAUCACUGAAUGUUCUGAUUUACCCUGUAUGAACUUUACCGUCUGGUUUAUUUACAUUCCUAAGUCUUUUUUAUCAUCAAUUUGUUCACAUUUCGAGUUUCCUUAAAGAAAGAAACAAACGUAUUCUUAAAGGGACACUCCAUGACCCAAAAAAGCUUCAUCUAAAUAAAAUUGUUAUGGUGUCAGGAGGCCUCUGCAAGCACUCUUACCUCAAGGAGUUAAACCAUUCUGAAUGGUUUAAUCCCAAAGUUGCCUCCAUCACUGAUUUCGGCUCCUCCCAUUCACAAAACUGGCUUGGAAACAAACGUACCUUUUCCAAGCCAGUUUUGUGAAUGGUGAGUAACUGGCUGAGAGCAUCAGCUGACCACUCUCAGCCAAUCAGCAGUGCCCAUGCCCGUUGACACUUCUGAAAAUUCAGAAGCGGCAUGCCACCUGAGGUGAGGGGGGAGUGGAUUUUGCCACCAUAACAACUUAAUUUAGAUUAGGUUGUUUUGGAGCCUGAAGUGUCCCUUUAACUCUGUAUUGUCAAAGUCCCUAUUAAGUUUUAGGGCCCCUAUUUUGAGCUGACAAAAUUUUUUUUUAGCUUACCUCUUUUCAGUAGUGAACUCCGUUUGCUACCACCAGUACCCUCUCCCACAAUGUCAUCCUGGAGAUGUUACUUCUUCAUUGAUUGUCCAAUUUAAUGCUUCUCACAGAGAAGUAUUCAGGACAAUGUGCACAUGCAAGGUGAGCGCUGUGUGCGCUCCAAUCAAAUUCUUCUCAUAGGAAAACAUUGAAUCCGGUGCAUUCCUAUGAUCUGCAUUUGAUGACGUUUGACAUCCUCGUACAAAGAAGGAGGAUGUCAAAGGUCACAUGAAAUUUGGUCAUAGUAGCGCAUGCACCCCCUACUGGCUGUCAUGUUUUCCCAAAGGGAAAACAUUGGAUUGUCUAAGAUCGGCAGGGUGGUGGCAGGGCCAAAUGCCGGUCAGGCCAAUCAGCAUCUCCUCAUAGAGGAGACUCUGAACGGCAGUGCUGCACACCAUGCAACACUCCCCCAGGAAAAACCUCCAGUGGCCACUGGAGGUGCCCCUAGGGGGCAAUGUAAACACUGUCUUUUCUCUGAAAAGACAUUGUUUGCAUGAAAAUGCCUGCAGGGACUGACUAUACUCACCAGAACAACUACAGUGAGCUGUAUGUGUGACUAUAAUGUCCCUUUUAAGUGCAUUAGUCUGUUCCUCAUUGUGAUUUUCAGUGUUCUAGACCCCUAAUUGUUCCUGUUAUUUUAUUUUUAUCUAGCUCAUUGUUUUGUUCCCGUAUCCAGUGUACCAGACUUGGCCUGUAUUUGACACUGAAUUUGUCGAGUUCACUAUUCCAGUGUUCCUGUGCACCAGUCCUCAGCUUGUUUUUGAGUGCGAGUUUGUCUUUUGUUACUGAGCUCCUAUGUUCCAGUCUACCAGUCUUUGUGUUUUUUAUCCCUUUUUUGUCCAGUACAAAUUGUUUGCUUAUUGCUGGUAUUUUCUCAUUCUACCUGAUAGUUAAGUUAGGCCAUCCAAAGUUCAGGCAACAGACCUACCUUGUUGAAGAAUCUUCAGCACAGCGACAGAAUUUGCUGUAAGACAAAGUGGUCCCUAUUUUGUCCUAUGACAUCUUUUGGCUGCGUUUGCACCAAAACUGAACUGACUGACAAUUGCUAAGCAUUAAAGCGGAACCCCAUAUUAAAAAUGAGUAGUCAUAAAGAUAGAAUCCUUGGUAACAAUUUUCCCAUUUUCUGUAUAAUAUGACAAUUUAAUAUCAAGCAUGAUGAUCAUGCCUAAAAUCUAAUUAACACAAUAAAAUAACCAAUAAUAUUUGCAAGUAUCUAAGAACCACAGUGCAUAUCAUAACUAUAGAUUUUAUGUUGUUAUUUUUAGGUAUUUGGACAAGGAAGCAAGUUCCAAAGGGAAAGAAGUUUGGGCCAUUUAUUGGUGAAAAAAAGAAGCGCUCUCAAGUAAAGAACAAUGUGUACAUGUGGGAGGUGAGUACCUCCUACAUCAUAAUUUUAAAGACUUGUGUCUACCAAGUUUUCCAAAUAUAUCUUGGGGGCUCUGCUGUCAAAGAGCCAUUCUAUGUACCAUCACAACUUUGCAUAAUUUCAGAGGUCAUGAGCACCCUGCACCUAAUGUCAAGUUGAUUAUAACAUUAUAACCUUAAAUGGACACUAUAAACACCCAUACCACUUCAUCUUCAUGAAGUGGUCUGGGUGCCAUGCAUCCUCUCAUUUUAACCCUGCAUCAGAAAAAGUAAUGGCAGAAUGGCAAUGUUUUCAUUGCAGGGUUUAAAUGCUUCUAGUGGCAGCCACUCAAACAACCACUGGAGGCGUUUGUGCAUAAAUAGCAGAAUGAAACGCUGCUAUGUUUGUCAAAUGGUCUCCUUGUCUCCCAGUGCUUUCCUAGAGAUUGGCUGAGCUAUUUGUUCUUGAUAAUCUCAGCCAAGGAGGCAGAGCCAGCUGCAGAGACUAACGCUGUGAGGGAGAAAAGGUAAGUAAAAAAUAGACUUCUUUUUUUUCCAUGCAGGUGGAAUCCUGUUCCUUACUCCUCCCCCACCCCCAUUUUCCCAGUUGUCUUUCCUAUCAUAACCUCCGUUUCCUCCAGAGACACACAAUGGUGUUAGGAAUACAGCUUUGUAUUCCUUACACUGUAGUAUUACUUUAAAGCCUACUUCUAUCUCUCUUCUAAUAACCCAAAGACAUCUAGAAGUGCAGCUGAACAACAUGGCACUUUCAGAAGUAAAAGCAGGUAACAAAGUAUUUGAUGCUGAGGUCAUAUAUGGUUGCUUGCUCUCCUAUUACUGGUCCAUAAGAAAUUAACCACUACUGUCAUGCAUGUAAAGUGAGAAGAAUUGGGUACUUUUCCUUUUUGCAGUCCACAGUUAACACUUUAAUUCCACCAACAAUUAUUAGCUGUCAUCUGAAUGGGCUGCCACCACUGGCCAGUGUUGCAGUUAGCAUUGUUUGUAGUACAGACUGAUUCAGUACUAUUUACCCAGGAGAUAAGAAAUCCUCCAAGAAGAAAUAAACAAUUGUUGGGUAAAUCUGACAAAAUCAUUUGUGACUUAAAAAUAAGCAGGUUUUGGUACUGUUGUUUGGAGCUUAGUAGGUUUGUAUGUGUCCUCUAUAGCCAAACACAAAAAUAGAGAGGGCUGGCAUGUGUAUAGAAGGGUCUGUGCAUGGUGUAGUGUGUGAAAAGAAAGGUGUCUGUUUGUGGUGUACUAGGUGUAUCUAGGGGCUAUAGUUUAUGCAUCUGCGCAUGUAUUGGGCUGUGGAUAUUGUGUGUGUGUUGGCAGGGGUUUGUGUAUUGUGAUUGCACUGUGUGUGUAUAUCUAAGAGCUGUAGUGUGCCUGUAUAUUAAUAGGGGUUGCAGUGUCUGUGUAUAGUGGGUAUGUGUGUGUGUGUUUUUGGGGUGUACUGUGUAUGUGUGGGAAAGUACUAUGUGUUUGUGUAGGAUAUACUGUCUGUUUGAGAGUGUACUGUGUGGGUAGGAGGGGUAGGGGCUUUAAUAAUAAAAAAUAAUAAUAAUUAAAAAAAAUAAAAAAUAAAAAUAAAAAAAAAUUAUAUAUAUAUAUAUAUAUAUAUAUAUAUAUAUAUAUACACACAUUUUUAAAUAAUUAUUUUAACAGAAAAAAGUAAUCUCUGUAAGGCAAGAACAAGGAGGGGGCAUUCAGAUAACCGGUGGUCAAGCUUUGAGUUGCCUUUACUACAGGUGCAGGCUGAAGAGGGGAGCUGGGAGGUCUAUGACUGCCUAGCACCUCUAUAUCUCUCUUGAAAACUUGGCACUUACACUAACUGUCAGUGUUUCUGUGGUUUACCUUGGCAACGCUUUGACAAUGUAAGUUCUGGAGUUCGUAAGAGAUAGAAACGUAGGGAUAGACCUCCAGGUUCCCCUCUUGACUGGCAUUACGAUCACCACCUGCCUGACAUGAAAGUUUGAUGGGUUGCUGACGGCCCAUUAAGGGACAAAGAGCUCUAUAUGGUCCUCCUUGGUGGUCUUGCUUAGGAAAAAAAAAAUACAGGAAUACCGUUCACAUGUGUUCAUGUAGGAAUUGAGCACUGCUUAUGAUUGUUGGAUAAGGCAAGAAAAAUCAGGCUGAAGUUUUCACUAUGGAUUGUUGCAAAAUGAUAUUUGUAAAAAGAAACUGAUGAGUAGAGCGUUGCAUCAGUUGAGAGAGUAAAUUAUAAUCGCAUGAACAGCCUUAGUGCUUUGGCUGCAUCUUGAUGACCGAUACCACAUAAGAUAAAUGUUACAGAAUUUGAAGACUGCAGACAUUUUACAUUAAAUGGACACUGUAGGCACUGUAUCUGCUUCAUCUCAUUAAACUGGUUCUAGAGUCUGGGAUCCACUUGUGAAUUUCAUUCAGCCUUAACGUCGUUACGACGUUCUAUGCCGUCCCCAUUAUAAUGGGCUUUAAAGCUGUUGCGGCGUCAUAGAACGCCGUAACGGCUUAAGCCCUCAGGAGCUCCGCAGUACUUGCCUCCAUCGCAAUCCUCUUCGGGAGGACUGCCUGACAGCCCAGGCAGCCCGCCCCCGGGAAAUUACAUGGCUGCAAAAGCUGGCUGUGGACCUGCCAGCAGGGAGACGGUCUGGGCUGUCAAACAGUCCCCCUGCUGGUGGGUAGUGUAAAAAAACAAAACAUUAUUAAACAUAUAAAAUAAAUUAAGUGUGUGUGUGUAUAUAUCUCAAAUAUAUGUAACGUCAUACGUAGUGUAUUUUAAUAAUACAAGUACAUAUAUUAGUGUUAAAAUACACUUAGAAUGAAGUUAGAUAUGAUAUAUAUAUAUAUAUAUAAAAAAUACAAAUAACUGCAAAUAUAAAUAUUUGCAUAAUUGAUUACAUAAGUAUACACAUAGAAUUUAAAUAUAUAUAUUAAAAUUCUACAUGUAUAUUUAAGUAAUCUUUUAACAUAAUUAUGUGAUUUUAUUUUUUUUAUUUCAAUUUCUUUUUAUUAUCAAUUUUUUCACCAUAAAUACAUUGUACAAAAAAAUAUUAAAAAGCAUUCAUCCACAUAAAAAUGGACAUAAAAAGGACAAAAAACAAAAAACUAUCCACCACCCCAUGAGAGUUCUACUGACUUCCAACUUUUCUAUCUUUUUCAGAUGAUAUUACUUUUACAAUUGUAAUAAUUUUUUCUCCCAAUUUUCUCAUAGGCUCAAAUCAUCAUUCAGGAGCUUGCAAUAAUCCUUCUCCAUUCUAAGUUGGUAAACCAACUGAGUUGUUAUUAAUUUGAUGCUAAAAGGGGUAUCUCCCUUCCAAUUUCUUGCUAUUAUUAUUUUACAAGCCAUUAGACAAUGGAUAAUUAAAAAUUGAUUUAUUUUAUUCAAUUUCGGCCAUUUAUAAUGUAAUAACAUUACUUCAGGUUUUAGAGACAUUUUGACAUCACACAGUGUAUGAAUGAUAAAUUGAGCCCACUGCCAUACAAUAAUCACUUGCUUACAUGACCACCACAUAUGGAUAUAAUUUCCUUUUUCCUCUCUACAUUUCCAACACUUAGUGUCCCUAGAUACAUCAAAUUUAGCUAUUUUUGUUGGCGUCAUAUACCAUUGGUUAGCCAACUUAAAAUGUGUUUCUAUCAAUACAAAGAAGUGGACAUAUUUAUUAAUUUUUUGUGCCGUAGAUAGCCAUUCAGAUAAUUCUAUAUUUGUUUUUAAUUAAGUAUUCCAUUUUUUAAUAACACUGGGCGGGGCGGAAUCAUCCAUUAGAUCCAACAUUCUAACACAUCUAGAGAACAGUUGCUUUGUCUUAUUCUGGUGUAAGAUUGUUUUUAGAAUAUUGUACAUCUUACCCUCUUUUACUAACUCAACUUUCUCCAAGUAGUUAUAGUCACUAGAGGUGUCCCUAGGAAGCUAUGUAAACACUACCCUUUUCUCUGCUUCGACAGGCUAUAGACACCAGAACCAGAACUACUACAUUAAGCAGUGGCAGAACUAGAGAGGUGACUAAAGUCGCAUGUGAAACUGUGCCCUCUGCAUCCCUUCUGUCAAAAGGCUGGCCACCUUUGGGAACCCCGGGGUGAUUGAUAUCCACUAUAGUUGAUGUUGGGGGAAACUGGGGUGAUUGAUAUCCACUAUACCUGCUUACUCAGACGGCAGGUACCUACUCUGCAUAUAUAUAUAUACGGUGUCCAUAGGUAGAGAAGGAAGGCAGUGGCGAGAAAGCUGUAAACUUUGUGCUUUUCCUAUGCUGCUCUCUGACGCAUCCUGCAGUGAUGCUGGGAUAUGAUGUCACUCCUGCCCCGGCAUCAUUAAACAGUGUACAAGGGAGCAGUGAGGAAGAGCAUGAAGAUUAAAGCAGUGCCACACCAGACCCCAGGGAGAGGACCUAUACCAGCAGUUCCAAAGGUAGGGAGGCUGGGCGGGCCAAAAUACGCCCACUACAAAUAAAAUUUACUGUGACUGUGUGAUAGACACUAUCACUGAUUUGACACACUCACACAUAUACACAUUCUAUUAGUGUAUCAGUGUGUGUAUGUAUGCCAGUAUAUGUGUUUAUCUGAGAGAGUGUGCAUAUCCGUGUGUCUGUCAGUGAGAAUGUGUGCGUGUUGGGUAAACAGUGUGUGCCAAUGACAGCGUUGUCAAUGAGUGAAUGUCAGUGUAUGUGUAUCGGUGAGAGCGUAAAGGGGGCACUUCUCUGAUUCCUGCACCGGGGCUCUGUGGUUCUUAGUUAUGCCCCUGUUCAUAACAUUUUCUCUGGGAAACACUACCUGAGUAUGCUCACCCCUGCUGCCUCCACCCCCAUAUUUGCACUAUAUUCUACUUCCUCAUCAUCAUUUUCCACCUUAUAUCUCUAUACAUAUCUCUAUAACACUAAGUUGAGUGACUGACUUACUUUGAAUAACAUGACAGAGUAUAUUAAAUCUUCCACCAGUCUGAAUUCACUGAAAACAUGUGCAUCAGUCUAUCUUCAAUUAAAAAACAACUGCGCUCAUUGUUAAUUUAUAACUUUCUUGUGUGUUCUGCAGUUAUGUAAAACAAUGUAUUUAUAAUUGCACUAUAUAUGUCACCGAUUAUAUUUUUACCAGUGUAUUUGCAUGUGCACUUUUGGAUACACAUGAAAAUAACAUCUCUUCUUGGUAAAAAUGUUUUACAUAUAAAUGUAUGUUCCACGUUAUCUAAUAUUUGAAUAGAUUUGGAACCAUAAUACUGUAUUCAGCUCUGUAAACAUAUACAGCAUUGGAGAACUUAAGACAGAGAAUAAGCAAUGUGUACUUUCCAGAAUGUUCACAGUUAAAGUUCAUAUGCUGCUGAUAGUUUAUGUAACUCAGUGGGAUAGAGCUAUACACGAUUUACUAGCAAUUUGGCUAGAAUGUACAGAUUAAAUGUUAUUCUCAAAGCUACACUAUUAUUUGCGACGGUCAGUUGUACUCUAAUAUAAGCUGCUAAAAUAACCCACUCCUUUUAUUUUGUAAUACAGCAAAAAGCAUCUUCUGUUGAACAGUUUAACUGAUGACCUAUCCUUAUUGGUUUAUUGCUGCUCAGUCUGGAUCACUUGCUUGAUUAUGUACUUUCACAUUGCCUGGCGCCAAGUGUCUGCUCUAAAUAGCACUGCAUGGAGAGGAACAAGAAAAUAUUACGUUUUACACAAAUAGGCAUUCACAUGCCAUGAGUUAAGGGCUGUUCACAAAAUGUAAACAGCAACUCAGAUGAGUGUAUAUACACAGGCAGUGAUCAGUGGAAUAACAGGCUGGAAGGGUUCACAGAAGGAUAUCUUUAACUGUUGCACAUAGGGCUGUGAGUUAACUGUUUAACAACAGACUCAUCUUUUCUAAUGGCCUUAAUCAAGCACCAUGCUUUAUAUUCUUGAUUGUUAUUUAUAAUCAUGCCUUUUGUAACUCACUCUCCAAACAUACAUUUAUAAUCUGUAAUUGUGUGUGCAUAACACCCUCUAUGCCACCUGGUCCCUGGCAAAUGGCAGCUGCAUUACUCUGUUCAAGUCUAUUUCUGUUGCAUCCUACAGCUCAAAAAAGAAAAAAGUCUGGACGCAAGCUUUAAGGGACACUAUAGUCACCUUAACAACUUCAGCUUAAUGAGGUUGUUCAGGUGAGAGCUAUAGCUCCCUGCAGCCUCUCAUGUAAACACUAUUUUCUGAGAAAAUACAGGGUUUACAUUGAAAGCUAGGAACACCUCCAGUUGCAGUCACUCAGCGUGAACCAGAGGGACUUCUGAUUUGAUAGAGGCAUAAUAUGCCUCCAUCCACUCAGAUCUGCUGUGUACGAGCAUCCUGUGAUUCAGUAUCUCCUCCCACUGCAUGCAGACACUGAACUUUCCUCAUAGAGAUUAAUUGAUUCAAUUCAUCUCUAUGAGGAGAUGUUGAUUGGCCAGGGCUGUGUUUGAAUCAUGCUGGCUCUGCCCCUGAUCUGCCUCCUUGUCCGUCUCAGCCAAUCCUAUGGGGAAGCACUGUGAUUGGAUCAGGCUAUCACAUGUCAGCAGACUGCUUGUUUUUCCUGAGUCUAACAGCAUGCAGAUUUACAGCAGUAAGAGUUUUACUAUAUUUAUGGAGGCAUGAGGGGCCCAGGGGGGCUAGAUGGUCGUGUUAACACUAUAGGGUCAGGAAUACAUGUAGUUGCACUGGUGAUUAUAGUGUCCCUUUAAGGGCAACUGUUACUUCUCAGAUGUUUUAAUAGUUGCACAUCCCAUAUAUAUAUAUAUAUAUAUAUAUAUAUAUAUAUAUAUAUUUAUUUUUAGAAAAUAAACGUCACUGUACAAAUCCCCAAACCUCUUUUUCCUGCAACUGGGCACCUCUAUCUUAGCCCCCUGUCAGUCAUUACUAUAAGCAUUGUCCUUUUGUACCUGGCUGUGAACAUAGAGUAAGUUUACAGUGAAGAGGAUACAUUCCUCCUAACUUGCAGGUUUGCCUUCAAUUCAGCUUGUCUGAACUGGAUUAUAAUGUAAUUUGUUAAAUCUUUAAUAUAAAAUCACAAUAAAAUGGAUCAUCUCAUGAAAAAAAAAAAAAAUACAAUUAGCUCAAGUUAUAGGUGAUUUCCAUAGUUUUAUUUAAUGGUGUAAUGGCCAUAGAAGUGACAGUUUUCCUGUAAAGAGGAACUGUCACUUUGCCAAUUUUAGCAAAAUCUAAAUUGUCAACUAAAAUGAACUACGGUUUGUGCUAUUUAUAGUUUAUUUUAUAUUCAUUUGCAUGAUUUGCCGGGUAUGUAAAUUAGUUAACUCACAUAAUGCUGUAUGCAUGGUGCAUGCACACAUACAGCACUGAAAUGCUGAGCAAGUACACAGCAUUUCUCAGUUAGAUCCAUGCGUUUCCAAGGCAUCGUGAGGCAGCGAAGGUUCCGCAUCACGGAAGUACAGCAGAGGUUUGUAAGUUUUUAACUCUGCUGUGUUAAUCACUGCAGGGAAUAAUGAAAUAGGAACCAGAAACGGUCUCUUCUCAGGAAGUGAUAUCUGCUUCAAAACAAGAAAAGAAAUGAGAAAAUCGCAGGGCAUAAAGACUUUAGAUAUUUAGACUUUCUUUAUUGCAAGUUCUGUUUAAUGAAGAUUUUUUUAUUCCCUGCUAUGUUAAUAGCUUGCUAGACCCUGCAAGAGCCUCAUAUAUGUGAUUAAAGUUCAAUUUAGAGAUAGAGAUACAAUUAUUUAAGGUAAACAAACAUGUAUUCCUUACCCUAUAGUGUUAAAUCCACCAUUUAGGUGGCUUGAUUCCCUCCCCCCCGUAGAAAAGGUGAAAACUCACCUAAUUUCACUGACUCUGGCCCUGCCGCGAUCUGCCUCCUUGGUGACAUUACCAGAAUUGACAAUUUUCAGCCAAGGAGCGGGAUGGGUGGCAGGGCCAAAUGUUGUUUUGGCCAAUCAGCACCUCAAAGAGAUGCAUUGAAUCAAUGAAUUUCUAUGUGGAAAAUUCAGCAUCUCCAUUCAGACCGUCUGAGGAGUAGCCACUUGAAGGUAUUCCUAGGGGGCAAUCUAACACUGUCUUUUCUGUGAAAAGACAGUGUUUACAUGAAAAUGCCUUCAGGCAUUGAUUAUACUCACCAGAAUAACUACAUUAAGCUGUAGUUGUUCUGGUGACUAUAGUGUCCCUUUUAGAUACUUGUAGGCACCAAAACAACUCUCUCUUUAAGAAAUGAGUUAGCACUAGCAGAAAUUUAGAGAUAAUGUGGUUAUUAUUGCAAUCAUUCUAUUCAAGGACAUACGUGCCGCACUUUGCAGCAAACGUGUGUGCAUUUUGCUAACAUUUCACCUAACCCAUCUCUACAGAUUUCACACUUGAGCACAACAGUUAGAUCAAACCUCUGGUUUGAACACACAGCUGGAGCACUAAUCAGAACAUUAUACCAAUGUAUCUAGUAUUCAUAACACUUCAGAGACAUUGCUGUGGCAAAACCGUGAUUUUCUCAAGUGUGCACAACAAUUCCCACUGUACUUGCCUGCAGAAAAUUCAGAUUGACUCAAAAUCUGCCUGCUUUGUUUCUAAAUUAUACGAGUUUUAACCCUUACUCUCAGAGUUGAAUAUGUUAUAUUAGCAUUGGUCUUGUGACUCACAAAAUAGGUUUAAUAAAAGCAAAAAUAAGUAACGCAAUAACAUUGUUCUGUUAUUCAAGCUUUGAGCUUUGGUAGUUACUACUUUGAGUCCACACCUAGUUAAUUCUGUAGAAUGACUUUGUAAGAAAUGUGACAUCAGUUUAUAGAAAAUACGCAAAACCUUCUGUUUGUAAUCUUUCAAGGCUUAUUAAAAUCAGCUAUCACGUUAAAAAUAUGGGGAUUUUAGUCACACAAUGUGGGCAUACUGUGUUAAUAUAUCACUACUAUGUCAAUGUACCAUGGGUAUUAAUUUUUCUUUGCUUGAAAUAGUGCACAUUGUGUUCUUAGUAACCCUCCUACACUAUAAUAUAUAUAUAUAUAUAUAUAUAUAUAUAUAUAUAUAUACUUUUAAUGUAAAAUUAAGGGCAGGGGUGUGUUUGUCUCACAUGCCUAAAUAAUUUGUCAAAUAUUGUAGCAAAAAUGUGUAAUGACAUCUUAAAAAAAUAAAAGGGACACUGUAUUUACUAUAACAACUUUAGCUUAAUUAAGCAUAGAUCAAGCCCCUGCAGUCUAACUGCUUAUUCUUCUGCCAAUAAGAAGUUGAAUCACACCUGCCUACAUGUGACUUACAAACCCUUCUUAAACAUUUCCUGUAAAGUGAAAUCUAAUGUUUAAACUUACUUUGCUCAUUCUGUUUAAUGUAGAAUUUCUUAUCGCCUGCUCACAGAUGAUGAAAGUUCAAUUUACAGAGCAGGAGAGAAAAACUCCUAACGUAAGUAAACAUCUGAUUGGAAAUGAAAGCAUUUUUGUUUUCAUGCAGGUUCUGUCAGUCACAGCCAGGGGAGGUGUGGCUAGGCUGCAUAACACACUAAACACAAACAAAAGUGAUUUAACUCCCAAAUGGCAGAGAAUAGAGCAGUGUGACUGCAGUUACAAUAUAUAUAGCAAAACGGUUUCAUUAAGCUAAAGUUGUUUUGGUGAUAAAGUGUCCCUUUAAUUGCAACUUGCCUUCCAGUACUUUGCCAAGCAUUAUUCUUUUCAUCUGCUGCGCGUGUGGAAUCCCAAGAAAUCAGACAAUCUACUUGCACAUAAAAAAAUAACAAACAAAAAAAAAAAAUUGUUUCAACUUAGACUUUCAUUCUCCUGAGCUUGAUUAAAAUUAGUAUUAUUACAGUUGGUAAUGAGGGAAUAAUUGGAAGUUAUCCAGCGAUAGUUAAAGGUACCCAUACUGAUCAAAUAAUUUUGGACUGAAGACUAACAGUGUCGCUAUCUGCCUGGUCUUUUUCUUAUCUCCCUCCCUUCUUUUGCAUGCUAUUAAUAUGCAGAGCUAUAUACAUGUAUGUAAUUGUAAAUAAAUGAAAAGCUAAUCCAUACACUUGUAUUUCAGGUCUAUUACCCAAAUUUGGGAUGGAUGUGCAUUGAUGCUACAGAUCCCCAGAAAGGCAACUGGCUGCGCUAUGUAAACUGGGCUCGCUCAGUGAAGGAACAGAACCUAUGCCCUCUUGAAAUAAAUAGAGCAAUUUACUACAAAACCUUAAAGGUAAAAUUAUCUCUCUGUUAUAUAAAUUACUCUGAGGACUAAUUGCACAGGGAAUUGCUUUUGAUGUGUUUGAUAGCUUAUUUUACAAUUUGCUAAUUUACCCCUAAAGGAACACCCCAAGCGCCCAGAGCAUUUUAGCUUGUUGAAGUGUUUUCAAUGUUAAGAGUGUGUCUUUCAUUUAAAAAAAGUGCAGGCUUCAAUUAAAAAUUCAAAGUUGUCAGAUUCACCCUGUGACCUCUUGGUUUUCAUCAAUGCCCAAUGGCCAGAUGAUAUUCACCAACGAGUUAUUUAAUGUGCUAAGGGAGUCUUUGUGUCAAAUCUUUCAUGAAUUUUAUUGGAGGAUUGGAGAAAGGCAGAUGUGGUUCCUAUUUUACAAAUAUGUUCAAAUUCUCUGCCUGAAAUUAUAGUUCUGUGAGCUAAACGUCUGUGGCUGAGAAAUUAUUUGAAGGGUUGUUAAGGGAUAAUAUUCGACAGUUCAUUAUAAAGAACAAAGUUUUUAGCAAAAAUCAGCGUGGUAUUUAUGAAACAACAAUCAUGUCAAACUAACUAACUAAGAGUAAGUAGAAAUAUAGACCAGGGUCUUGCAGUGGAUGUGAUCCAUGUGGAUUUUGCCAAGGCAUUUGAUAUGGUUCCACACAACUGGCUAUAUUUCAAACGAAUAGCAAUUUUUCGAGAUGAAAAUUCGUGUCCUUGGGUAGAACAUUAGCCUAAAGUUAAUGGAGUUGUCAUUAAUAGUACAUUUUUAAACUGUACAAAAGUGGUAAGUGAUGUCGCUCAGGGUUCUGUUCUGGGACCACUUCUGUUUAAGCUAUUUAUAAAUGAUCUUGAAAUAGGCAUUGAAAAUCCUGCGUCAUCUGACAAUGUUUGCAGGUGACACAAAACUAGGUAAGGCAAUACAAUGUGAGCAGGAUAUUGCUUCGCUAUAAAGGGAUUUAGAUUGAUUGGGGAACUGGAAACUAAAAUGACAGAUGAAAUUGAAGGUAUGUAAAUGCAAAGUUACGCAAUUCUGGGUGAAGAAUGCACAAACAACUUACACCCUAAAUUGUUGUGAAUCAGGGAUUAUUCUAGCCUUGGUGAAGGAAUAAUUUAAAUUUUAUUUUUAAAGACAGGGGGCUUCAUAUUUGCUUUACCUUCUUUACUGAAACCUCCAGCAGCAAAGAAUGGUUAACAUAACUUUUCAGAAACAACCAACCAAUCAGAACAAAGAAUAGUAGAACAAAACACUCAGGCAGACCCUCCCACUUCCUCUUUCUUUGAUGAGGUCGAGCAGGAGAGCAUGAAAUACAACUGAGCCAAUCUGUAGCAGGCACAAUCAAAUGAGAAACAUCCAGAACCAAGAGAAAUCCUAAUUUACACUGCAAGGAAGAAGAAACAUCGUGAAAGUAAACUGCCAGACAGAAUGUCAUACGAAACAUUAGUACUGUAGUACGUUAAGACAUAAUGAAUAAACUCAAACAGACAACUAGCAUUAAAUCAUAGUUAAAUUCAACCAAACACAUGACAGAAACAAUACAAAAUCACAACAAAUACCCCCAAAAUAACCCACAAUCCAGGGUGGGAAACAUCAAAACAAGCAGAGGGGGAAAUAUUUGGCUCCUGUCUUUAAUAAAAUUUAGAUUAUUCCUUCACCAAGGCUAGAAUAAUCUAAUUUUAUGACAAGAAAGGAGGCUUCAUAUUUGCUAUUUUAACGCCCAGACAUAGACGCAGAAGAAAUAUUAAAGCGCGAACGAAAAUAAGACGCGUGAAAAAUCGUCUCCAUAGACCAAUCUGCAGAUAGGAGAAAAUCCGUAAAAGGACCCACCGGAUACCAGAGUCACCAAUACUGCAGUGCCCUGAAGGAUCUCUCAGUGCCUGCAGAGGCAGAGAGACAGAGGCUGCCUGACACGGACGCACAUAUAAAAUCAAUAGCCACCCACGGGCAGAGAAAUUAAGAGACCAAGUCACGGUGAUAUGUCCGUAGACAACAAGCCACCCAGAGAUGUGGCCCAUCUGUAAAAUAAGAGUACAACAGACAAAUAAACUUUGUUCUGCGAGAUAAUGAAAAAUGAAACACCGUCAGGGGAGAAAGAAAAAAAACUUCCAUGUUAACAGUGCGAAUAUCUGAGAGCAACGGGAAGACCCGAAACAGAGAAGAAAAACAAGCUUAGCUGAAAGCUGACGGGGAGAUCAUUCAGUUAACUGGUUAGUUCCUAAGGAAACGAAAGACGACCGAUACGUCCCAGAACAAGGAAUAGUGUGAAGCAGGGGUCUCGAAAGACUCAUACCUUGGAGAAGCCUGUUCCCAGAUGCAAGAGCCCUGAGAGGGAACAUAAGCCACCAAGAUGGAGGACCGGAUGACAAAAAAUUGGCCGGAAAGAUUUACCUUGAAAAAAAUAGAAUUCGUCCAAGGAGUUCAGGACGCCCACAAAAGGGAUCAAAAUGCCUCUGCAAAUACCAGCAAUGUCAGGCCUAUCGGACGUGCAGAGAAUCGCCUAGUGCUUGGCGUCCAACAGUCCUAGGGCAACGCUCGAACUGCAACUCUCGAAGAUCAACAUGUGCGGGAUCCAAAGGAGAAACCCAGAGGCAGGAAGCAGUAACAGGUCUUUGAAAAACAUCCCAGAUGUAGAGGAAACCACAACUGACUCCUUAACAGUGGUGCGGUCAAGGGUAUCUACACUCUCAGUAACUUGAUUUGAUGGAAAGUCCUAUGUAUCAUGGAGGAAAGGCAGCAACAUACACAACCCCGAAUGAAGCUGUCAAUCGAUGGCGUCCCACCAGUGUAGGGUAAAAUUCCUGAUGAAGCCCGUAGGGGAGCCGAAAUUGCCUUGUUGUUCCAGGUCCCCAUGUGUCGAAGCCUCCAAUGGAGUUCUAGGUCACCUAAUAUGAAAGGAGCAAAACCAGGACGCAGGAAGUUGAAGUCCUGUGAUAGCGAUCAUUCAGGCGUAGUAGAGCCCAAUAAAGCUUGGGUCGCGGGAAGAUGUCCCGAAUGGAGGAUGAGGGCAGACCCAUCGUCCAUGUCAGUUACCACAAAGUGAUCUGAUUGUGGCCACCUUGGAUAGCGGUAGAUGGAGCACCGCGUUGGAGUCAAAUCCAUGAUGAAGCUCAGAAACUGGACCAACCAGAAAUGGCUUCUCCACGUUGAUUACGAACCACAGAUCCUGGAGCAGAAGGACCAUAAGGGGUCCUGUGUCAUCAGGAGAAUGUCGUCCAAAUAUACGAUACACUGUAUCCCCCAGGCUCUCAGAGCCGUUAUGACUGUUUUCAACAAUGUGAUGAAGCACCAUGGGACAGAGCUAAGGCCGAAUAGAAGGCAGGGAAACUGCAGAAUGGGGACUAGCCACCAAAACAGUGCCUGUAGUUGCAAUGAAUCAGCACAGUGAGAAAACUUCCCUCAGUUUUAGAUGCAAGAACUGAAUGUCCACGCAGAGCAAAAUCCCUAGAAGAUGAAUGUCCUCCAUCUUGAAACAUUGAGACAGCCUGUACGUAAUUGGGAAGUCAGGCAAAUAAGGAAGGACUCUUACCUGAGAAGUAUUGAGCCGAGGUGGAUGAGGUACCACAGUCCCUGAACGAACCACCGGGGAACAGCAGGUGGUACUGGCAGCGGGAGGAAUAGGAGGAGAAAGAUUUUGAAUGUCGACCAGCCCUCCAAGUCAUCCAGCUUCCUGUCCAUGGCGUAAAGAGCUGCCACAUUGGCGUUGCCACACAAGCAGAUGGUAAGUUGGACCCAUUCACAAAGGAGGUGCGCAUCCACUAUUUUUUCUUCAUCAGCGUGUCGCUGAUAUCAAGGAGCUUGUCUUGCUCCAGGCCCCUUUGCGGAUCCUUCACGGAGCGUGCCAGAAAGUUGAAAACACCAGGUCAAAGUCAGGGUAAGGGUCACUUUAUCCGGUAGUGUAGUAAGGGGGCACCCCGCCUGAAGCUUCGCCCUGACUUCCUUAUCCAGAGGGCGGUGGAGCGAACACCUGAGGAACUCUGUAAUGUGGCCGGGGAGUGUCCACUCUGAGGAGUGGACGCAUGAGUUGAAGGAUCCAGCAUCUUCAUGGGAUUGACCGCAAGGGCCGACUGGGGACAUCAACCGGGGAAACAUUGACCACCAUCUGUUUAACAUAGCGGGAGUAACAACCAAAGGUGCCUUCACCAGGCAAGCAGCAUACGAGUUGUCAGCCUUGUAGAAAGUAAGAACAUUGCAAUCGUGGGGCGUCAAGGUGGUGUCCACAUCCUCACGUCUGGCCGCACCGGGGCCUAGUCUAGCCAAUUUAGCGGGUAAUUUGCCCUUGUGCGUGGGGGCGCCUUAGCCUGUCCUGCGUUGCUUUCAUGUAGAGCUUGUCCCAAGGGGGUGGAGAAAACCAUCUGAGUUAGAGCCUCUAGAGCCAGAUGCGAGAGGAGUAGGCUGCAAGGCAAUUGGGGGGGGGUCAAUCCCAUGGAAGAUGGCAAGCGCCUUAAGUAGGGAGUCCAAGAAUGGGACACACGCAGGCCUGGAGGCCUUCGGGCGCAUAAAGGCUGAGACAUCGGCCAUAGUAGUUCCACUGAAACAGAGGGAAAAAAAGCACAAGCCAGUGAGGUAGAGGGCGCGUGGCCAGCUGGGUGACCCCCAACAAACACUAUAGCUUAAAGCAGAGCAGCCCAAUAGAGAGGGGGUCGCCCUCUGUCUGAUGGAAAUAUUUGUGAACGAGAAGAUGGCGGGCUGUGAGUGAUCGGACAGCACCCAGUGACUGGUCAUGAGUGACAGGAUGGCUAGCUGUGAGUGACAAGAUGGUGCCUCUGUGGUUGGAUGAGAGUGACCGGAUGGUCCACCUGUGGCUGGAUGUGAGUGACAGGAUGACUCCUUGUGGCUGGCUGGCAGUAAUAGGAAUCAGCAGCCAAAACACAUCACCCAUCAUGGCCCGGACAGGGCUGGGGGUGGACACCCGCACUAUACAGUGCACUCAGGCACUAGACAUCGUAAGACCAUGAGUUCAGUAAUAAGGGGCCUGAACACCAGGCAUACAGAAAUGUGUCACUCUGCAACAGACAGACAGCAUCUCCCCAGGGAGGGGGCUGGAACACACAAAACAAACACUACAGUUUAGUAGGUAGUAAUGCAAACAAACAGUGAGGGGGAGCAGCACACUCAUGUCUACAGAAUACAUACUGUGCUGUCUUCACAUAAAAACCUGCAAGAGAAAAGAGGGAAAAAAAGGGGGGCCAGACACAUAGCCAGUAGAACCCCGCGCAGUGCUGCAGGUGUGGCCCAACAGCCGAGACGCAAAGCGACAAAAUAGCUGCCGCGGUAACAUGCUGCAGCCUAUCGCGGCAUAUGCAGCCGCUUGGCGUAAAGCCUCCACCGACCGUGAGAGCACACCGGACGCCAGCGGGUAAAAACAUGGCGCCGAUGCUGAAAUCAAUGCAGGGGGGCACGGGAGAGCGGACGGGUAAAAAUGCCGGUGUGGGGAGACCAGAACAGGGGAAAACCCGUAAAGUUGUCCACACUAGCCCCAAAGGCCCCACACAAAACUAGAUGGUAAAUAAACAACCAAAUAUACUAGACUAAACACACUAGACAGCAAGGCAAAAUGCAGCAUAUAUUGCAACAUGAACAAUAGAGUAAUAAACACAACCCUGAGCAGACACACUUUUUGAGUUUGGGGAAAGCACCACACAAAACUAGAUGGAAUAAAUAACCAAACAUACUAAUUAAAUGCAGCUUAGAAAUCAAGGAAAACAUGCAGCAUAUAGUAAUAUAUGAACAAUAAGGCAAUAAACAGCCCAGAGCAGACACACUCUCCGAGUUAAGGAAUGCUUAUCAGGCACACAGCCCAAGAGCCCCACACAAAAACUGGAUGGAAUGAAUAACCAAACAUACUAACUACAGUGCUUUGCAAAAGUUUUCACCCCCCCGUUGGCAAACUGGAAUUAACAUGGAUUGUUUGAGGAUUUGCAUCAUUUAAUUUGCAGAACAUGCCCACAACUUUGAAGAUUUUAUUUUAUUUUUUAUUUUAUUGUGAAGCAAACAACAAAUAGGACAAAAUAACAGAAAAUGUGCAUAACUAUUCACCUCCCUAAAGUCAAUACUUUGUAGAGCCACCUUUUGCGGUAAUCACCGCUCCAAUUCGCUUUGGAUAAGUCUCUAUGAGCUUGCCACAUCUUACCACUGGGAUUUUUGACCAUUCCUCAUACAAAACUGCUCCAGCUCCUUCAAGUUGGAUUGUUUGCGCUUGUGAACAGCAAUCUUUAAGUCUGACCACAGAUUUGACUAGGCCAUUCCAACACAUUUACAUGUUUCCCCUUAAACCACUCAAGUGUUGCUUUAGUUUGCUCCCAUGCACACACUACACCACUCACACAAACACACACUGCCCCUCCUACACACACACACACACACACACACACCUACCUACCUAGAGGCCCUAUCCCCAUACUACAGCCCCUAUCCUUGCAGACCACAGGUAAAUUGUCAAACUGUUCUUAAACGGUUUGACUAUUUACUCUGGGAGGGCACCACAGCACUCUGGGCACCAUAACCACUACAGAGAGCUGUAGUGGUUAUUGUGCCUGGAUUGUUUCUUUAAAUAAUCUAUGAGUGCCCCUCCCGAGAUAAGGCUCCGGAUCCGCCAGUGGCUGUUGUGCCAUGCUCUUUCCAUUUGGUUAUGAUAUAUUUGGUGCUCCUGGGGUUAAUCAAAGAUUUGGAUAUUUAUUUUUUUUAUAACCUAACCAUGACUGGUACUUCUCAACAACACUGUCCCUUACUUGUUUGGAGAGUUCCUUGGUCUUCAUGGCAGUGUUCAGUUGGUGGUGCCUCUUGCUUAGGUGUUGCAGCCUCUCCUUUCAAAAAAGGUGUGUAUAAGUAAUGAGAGAUCAUGUGACACUUAGAUUUCACACAGGUGGACAUCAUUUCACUAAUUAUGUGACUUCUGAAAGUAAUUGGCUACACCAGAGCUUUUUAUGGGCUUCAUAACAAAGGGUGUGAAUAAAUACGCACAUGCCAAUUUUCUGUUUUCUAUUUCUAAAAAAUAGUUUUAUGUAUAUAUUUUUCUCAUUUCACUUCACCAACUUAGACUAUUGUGUUCUGAUCCAUCACAUACAAUUCAGAUUAAUAAAACAUUGAACUUAAGGCUGUAAUGUAACAAAAUAGGUAAAAAGUCAAGGGGGGGGUGAAUACUUUUGCAAGGCACUGUAAACACAACUUAGAAAUCAAGGAAAACAUGCAGCAUAUAGAAAUAUAAGCAGCAUACAAUACAUGAACAAUAAAUCAAUCAACAGCCCAGAGCAGACACUCUCUGAGUUGGGAAGUGCUCACCUGGAGGCAGCAGCAAAUAAAGAGGAAGUGGGAGGGUCUGCCUGUGUAUUUUGUUCUACCGUUCUUUGUUCUGAUUGGUUGUUUCUGAAAAGUUAUGUUAACUACUUUGCUGCUGGAGGUUUCAGUAACGAAGGUAAAACAAAUAUGAGGCCUCCUGUCUUGCCAUAAAAUUAGGGAUAACAGCAUCUGCACAGAUGUUUAAACAGGAACUGGGUGAAUUCUUGCAAAAACAGAAUAUUCAGGGAUAUAAUUUUCAAUAUGUAGGGGAAACCGCAUCUUAAUAUAAAGAAAGAUCUGACUACCAUUCUAGCGUCGAGAUGGCCAUUUUUUCUAGUUUGUUGCAAGAUUGGAAAGUGCUUCAAAUUGUGUUUAUUUUUAUUUUUUUUGCCGUUUUUUGGAUCAACCGCAAAACAGAAGUGUCUGACUGAACUUGAUAGACGCAAGUCUUUUUUCAGCUUAUGUAACUACACUGAUCAGCCACAACAUUAAAACCAUUGACAGGUGAAGUGAAUAACAUUGAUUACAGGCACCCCUCACGUACCGACCGCAUUCCGUUCCUACGACUAGAUCGUAAAACAAAUUAGUCAGUAAGCAAGGAUGCCUCACACUAUCGAGACAACCAAAUUUUGCAUGCAUGAAAGAGCAGGUCUAUGUUUGGGGGACAUUUCCUCAAACAUAGACCAGCUCUCUAGCACGGGGAAUCCCUCGAAUCUGUUUGGGGGAAUUUCCAAGACUCUGAUUCGGGUGAUUCCCCACGCUAGAAAGCUGGUCGUAUGUCAGAGCAAUCGGUAAACAGGUUAAGUCGUUAAGUGAAAACUACCCGUAUAUUGUUACAAUGGCACUUGUCAAUGGCUGGGAUAUAUUGAUGCAGCAAGGGAAAAGUCCAUUCUUGAAUUUCAUGGUUUUUGAAGCAGGAAAAAUGGGCAAGCGAAAAGAUUUGAGUGACUUUGACAAGGUCCACAUUGUUAUGGCUACUCGACUGGGUUUAGAGCAUCUUCAAAAUGGCAAGUCUUGUGGGGUCUUCCUGCAAUGGUUAGUACCUACCAAAAGUGGUGCAAGAAAGGAACAACUGGUGAACUGGCGUCAGGGUCAUGAACGCUCAAGGCUCAUUGAUGCACAUGGAGAGCAAAUGAGAGAGACAGUGCAGCUCAAAUUGGUGUUAGAACUGAAUGUGCAUUGCAGUUUGCAGACUGGUUCGAGUCCCCAUGAUGACCUCUGUCCAACGCUAAAAGCACAGUCAUUGGGGAUGUGAGCAUCAGAAUUGGAUCAUGAAGCAAUGGAAGAAAGUUGCCUGGUCCAAUGAAUUCAGUUUUCUUUUAGAUCAGGUGUGUGACCAUGUGCAUCGUUUACCUGGAGAAGAGCUGGCAGCAGGAUGCACUAUGGAAAGAAAGCAGGCUGGCAGUCAGUAUUAUGCUCUGAGCAAUGUUCUGCUGGGUAACUGAGUCCUGGCACUCAUGUGGUUGUUUCUUUGACAUGUGCCGGCUACUUAGAGAUUGUCGCAGACUAGGUACACCCUUCAUGGCAGUGGUGUUCCCUGGCCUGAUGGCAGCAUCCUUUUUCAGCAGGAUAAUGCACCCUAACACACUGCAAAACUUGUUCAGGAAUGGUUUAUGGAACAUGACACAGAGUUCAAGGUGUUUCCUUUGCCUCCAAAAUUUCCCAGAUCUCAAUUAAAUUGAGCGUCUGUGGGCUGCGCUGUAACAACAACUCUGAUCCAUAUAGGCCCCACCCAGCAACUUGCAGGACUUAAAGGAUCUGCUGCUAAUGUCUUCUUUCCAGAUACCACAGGACAUGUUCAGAGGUCUUGUGGAGUUCAUGCUCUUUUGGAAGCAUGAGGGGGGGGACAUACACUGUAUUAGGCAGGUGAUUUUAAUGUUGUGGUUGAUCAGUGUACGUUUAGCUCAGUGGAGCUAAACUCAAAAGGCAGCAAUUUACUCAGAGCACCUGCCUCGCAAAUACUUCUCAAUGAACUCCAUUGGGAUGUUUGUGAUUAGACAGCCAUAGAAAGUUUGGGGCAAGAAGGGGAGUAUUUUCAAAGGCUGCACACAUGAAAUCUGCAUCUGUUUUUAGAUAUACCCCCAAUGAUAAAAUGAAUAAUAAAAUCUUAGUAUAUUUACUAAAUAUGAUGUAUUUGUAUUUGGAAAAUGCACUGUCACUCUAAUGGCAGAUGAUCAUGAAUUUGCUAUUGUUUUAUUGCUUGAUAGGAUAUGUGCAUGUGUAAAAUGUGUCAGUUAUUGAUAUUAUACCUCCACCACUGGCUCAAGUUCUAUUGCAAGUGCAGCCAUCUGCUGAAAUUUUACUCAUUUUGUUUUCUAAAUUCAGCCUUUAUUUGAUUAACAUUUAGGUUGUACCCCAUCAUUUCAUUUAGCAAUAGGUUAUCUUUAGGACUGGAGAGGUUUUUCACACUUCUGAGGUCUUUAGGGUUUGGGUUGGGUAACUUUAAAGGGACACUAAAGGCACCCAGACUACUUAAUCUCAUUGAAGUGGUCUGGGUGCAGUGUCCCUGUCCCCUUAACCCUGCAGCUGCAAACAUUGCAGUUUUAGAGAAACUGCAAUAUUUAUAUUGCAGGUAAAGUCAGCCACAGAGUUUGAUGCUUUCCUUCCGGGAAGGCAUAAUAUGUGUGCGGUACUCAUCACGCAUUUGCAUUAGGUUCUCGAAUCGCAGUGACUUUGGAGCCUGACCCAGCACUGAGGGACAUCGGUGCUGGAAUCAGGUAAGUGAAAAAAAGUAUUCCUAACACUAUAGUAUUCCUUUAAGGUUUGGAGAUUGCCAGAGUUAGGAUUCACCUUAAAGAGUUCCCAACUAUAAACUAUUAAUGGAGUACUAUACUAACCCUUUCUUUCACUUACCUAAAAAAAAAGUAUUCCUAACACUAUAGUAUUCCUUUAAGGUUUGGAGAUUGCCAGGGUUAGGAUUCACCUUAAAGAGUUCCCAACUAUAAACUAUUAAUGGAGUACUAUACUAACCCUUUCUUUCACUUACCUAUUUCCAAUGCGGAAGUCCUUAGCGCUGGGACAGUCUUCUCCUCCCGCAACGUCUUGUCAAUGGCGGCACCUAAUGUAAAUACGCAGUUAGUUUUUUUUCUGCAGGAUUAAGGGUACAAAGGGACACUUUAGGAACCCAGACUACUUCAUUUCAUUGCAUCAAUGAGAUGAAGUGGUCUGGGUUCCUAUCGUCUCCCUUUAACCAAAUUCUGAAGGAAGUGUCAGUGGUAUAAUGUAAGAAUGAAAGAAAUACUAUGUAGAUACUCAUCACUUACCGACCGGGUUCUGUUCUUACCAUCCGGUCGUAAAACUAAUUGGUCGGUAAGUGAGGUCUAUGUUCGGGUAAAUUUCCCCUAACCUAGACAAGCGCAGCAGAGCAGGGAAUCCCUCAAAUCUAUGUUCGGGUAAUGUUUCCUGAACAUAGAUUAGAGGGAUUCCAUGCUCUGGUGCGCUUGUCUAUGUUCUGGGAAAUUUACCCAAACGUAGACCAGCUGUUUAACAUGGGGAAUCCACCAGAGCACAGAAUCCAUCUAAUCUAUGUUCAGAGAAAAUUCACUGAACAUAGACCAGCUCUCUAACGUGGGGAAUCCCUUGAAUCCCCCCGCUAGAGAGCUGGUCAUAAGUCCGAGCUGUCGUAAAACAGGUAGGUCAUAAAGUGAGGACCACCUUUAUAGUGUUAGGAAUACAAAUAUGUAUUCUUAACAAUAUAGUGCCGGAGUACCGGUUUAGAUCCAACCCCCUCCUCAGAAUGGAGUUUUUACACUACCUUUUAUCUGAUAAAGCUGUGUUUACAUUGCUGAGCCUGCACUGACCGGCUUUAGACUCCUGAACCACUACAUUAAGCUGUAGUGUUUUUGGUGACUAUAGCGUCCCUUUAAUGAGUUAUGGGUUGCAUUACAGAGUCAUUGAAUAAUUUGAGCCAAUUACUUUAGUAUAAAAUAUUACCAUAAAUUAAAUUUUUUUAUUUCUAGUGAAGAAAUGUGCAAAGCGGUUAGAUAUAGUUACAAGAACAUAUUUCCCAACAUUUUAUGCCCUAUAUUGUAAAGUAAAAGGACAGAGAAAAAGAAAAAUCAGUAGGGAGUAGGUUUCAAUCUACUUUUUAUGUUCUCUUUGGGAGCUGGUUUCUUAUGAAGUAUCUGGGGUCUUCUGAAGGACUUGUAAUUGUCUAUUUUUCCAAAUUCUCUAAAUCCUCCUUAGCAGGUCAAAGAAGAGGAGGAAGCCAAUCCAUCACAAAUAUAUGCCCAAAUUAAGAAAUAUUGUACAUUUUGGCUGCAGGUUAAAGACUGAGAAAUAGCAGAAAUGUUAGACAUCGUACUGCAAUUUGGCAUAUUGUUAAAUGACUAUUAAAUGCAUCCAAACCACUUUGUCUCAGUAAAACUGGUCUGGGUGCAGUGGCCUGUAGCUUUAGCUCUGCAGUGGCAAACAUUGCUGUUUAGUAGAUACAGCUAUGUUUUUAUUGCAGGACUAAACACAUGUCUAGUAGCUGUCUUCCUUACAACCAUGAGAGGGUGCUUCAGCUGCAAUAACAGAGUCAAACUUAGUCCUUCAAUCAGUGCUUCUUAUAGUGAACAUUCGAUUGGCUGAGUGCGGUAUUUUGCUGCAAAUACAUUCAGGGCUGGUGCAAGGAUUUUUGGGUACAUAGGCGAAGAUGCAUUUUUUCCAGUGGGGCUGCUGAGCAGAGUGCAGCAGUCGGAUAAUCAGCACUAUUCUCCCUGCUCUGCUCCCUUGCGGGCUGGGGGGUCCAGAAGGUGGCCUGGCAGUAGGGAGAGUUUCCCUCCUGCCGGUCACUGAAAUCUUGCGCCCCCAGUGCCGAUGCGCCCUAAGGCGGCCACCUGUGCUGCCUUAUGGACGCCGGCCCUGCAUACACUUCUUGUCCUCAAGGCUUCUCUUUGAGUAGCAUUGGAGAGGAUGAGAACGUGGAAGACAUUAUCAUGCUUGCUGACAAAGAAUGAGGCAAAAAGGGUGGCUGCAUCUGUGGUGUCUUGGAGCUGAAAAAAAAUAAUAAUUGUGACGGACCGCCUGGCAGGGGCGUACCUAGAGCAUGUGGCACCAUGGGCGGGUCCUGGGUUUGGCACCCUCCCCCCCCCUCUGAAAUCCCCCCCCUUCAAUAAAAAAAAAACCUACAUUUUUAAAAUGUUAUUUUUUUUAACAUUUUUUAAAAAAAUGUAUUGAACAAAUUUGUAAACUUUUUCAAACCCCUGUCCCCUUCUACAAAAUUCCUGCACUCCCUCACACACAGUUACAGACAGACAGGUACAAGCAGACAGUCACACGCACACAGUCACACAUAUAGUCACAGGCAGUCAUACACACAGUUACAGGUAGACAGUUACGCACACACACGCACUGUUACAGGCAGACAGUUACGCACACACACGCACUGUUACAGGCAGACAGUUACACACACGUACACACAGUUACAGGCAGACAGUUACACACACACACAAACACAUAUUUACAGGCAGACAGUUAUACACACACACACACAAGGUCAGUUACACACACAAGGUCAGUUACACACACACACAAGGUCAGUUACACACACACACACAAGGUCAGUUACACACAGUCACGCACACUGUUGCAGACAGUCAUAUACGUAGUUACAGCCACACACACACACACACACAGUUACACGCAGACCGUUACAUACACACACACAGUUACAGGUAGACAAUUACGCACACACACACAGUUACAGGCAGACCAUUACAGGCAGACAGUUACACACACAUACACAGUUACACAGACACACACACACACAAGACAGACAGUCACACAGUUGCAGACAGUCACACACACAUAUUUACAGGCAGACAGUCACACACACAGACACACACAGUUACAGGGUCAGGCAGACAGUGACACACACAGACACACAACUCUUACUUACGGACAGUGUGGGCUGGAGGAGUGGAUUCCCUGGCCUGAAGUCCUUCCCUGGAGCCUGGUAGGUGGAGGUGCAGGGAUUUCUUCUGCAUUAACAGCAGCUUGUAAGGGCUGUGUUAAGCCCUGCCCUGCCUAGGCUCCACCCCUAAAUGCAUGUAGCUCCGCCCCUUCCUCCCGUGCGGCCAGUUAAGCUUGCUGGUCUCCAUGUGAGCUGUGUGACACCCCAGCUGCCUUGGGGCACAGCUCACACGUCCCCUAUUAGCCCUCAGACCAGGGUCAUGGCAACCUCCCACCAGGUGGCACCCGGGACGGACCGCCCCCUCCGCCCACCUCUCCGUCCCCCACUUAGUCCGCCACUGCCGCCUGGCACCCCAACCGGGUGCCUCCGUCAAUCGAUGCUCCUAGUGCUCACGAGGACUCCAGGCACUCCACCAGACACCAUAAGCACCGUAGACCCCAUGAACCGCUGCAGCUUGGUUGGGGUCUCGCUGUCCUCCACCCACCUUGGACCCAAGACCAGGAUCCAGCUUCCAGUAGGGGAACCUUUCCUACUCCAGAGAAUACAGCAGGAACAGCUCUUAUAAGAGCUAGUGAUUAGAACCCAGGGGAGUAUAAUGAGUAUAGCAAUCCGCAGAGUGAAUAUAGCUGUUCCCUCCACAGGAGACGAGGCGCUAUGUUGAGGGUGAAAAGGAACUGAUUUUAAUGGUGCCACACUUGACGUUUUAUGACAAUCCCCAUGCGAGGGGCACUCCCACAUGGACCUUGUGGGGAACUCCAUUACAAAGUCACAGACCGAUAAUGCCAGUGUUACAAUGCAUGACACUUCCAUAUACAAUACAGUAAGCCUUCCCGUUUAAUUAGGAGAUAAUUAAGUCAAGCACUAUAUUAAAACGCCAUUAUCUCCAAAUACAAAAAACACACAUUUAUACAACCCCUCCCCCCCCCCAAAAUACCUUAAAACACAUAUAAUCCCCACAAAAUACAUCCCCUAAUAGCCCUGACCUGGGUGACCAACAUAUCCAAAAAGCACCCAGAUCAGUUCAGGGGUCCCGGAAUUUCCUGGAAUUUACCAACCGCAUGCAUGCCCAAAACGGUUCCAUAGAAUCGCGAUUAAGUGCCGCUGGCAACCGACCAGGAACCGCAAAGUCUUCAUGCCGAAAAUAGUUCCAGGGCAUUCGUAGCUAAGUCCCCCUAUUUGCGGUUUUGGUCCAUGCGAACGGCUGCCAACGGCGGUCGGUUCUAUUGAAAGUGCCGAACCAGGGUCUUUACAGUCGUUGACUUGGCUCGUAGUCUUUUAGCAAGAGGCUGGCCAGCAGAUCCCUGCAAGCACCCGUGACGAGGUUCAGUUUGUCACAAUAAUGAUAAAGUAUUUAACCAGGAAAGGGUACAUUCAGAUUACUCUGGUUUUCAAGUACAUCCUGGGGAUGUUACCUUAGCCCAACAUCCAGGGGUUGUUACUAUUACCCAAUUUAAUGGUACUCAUUUAUCUACCUCGGAAGGAUGAAGGGCGGAGUCAGCCCUGCCGGGAUUUGAAUCUGCGACCCAAGGGUUGAACAAAUUCUACUGAUGAUGCAUUAGCACUGAGCUAUGAAUAUUUAAUUCAAAUCUUAAUACGAGUCUGGCAUGACACUCUAAUGGAAGGGAACUUAUAGAGUAAUAUUUUUGGGAACUAUAGGUUCCUUUUAAGAAAACUUAAUUGCCUUGAAUUUGCUAGUCUGGGUUAAAUUGCAAUAUUUGCACAUUUAUUGACUUUAGUAAGUAGCUUUUUGUAAAUCUGGUACAAAUUCAGAGCUUAUGAAUGUACUAUUUUAUUUGGCCUUUUAAAGUCACAGCAACAGGAAAAAAUAUGUCCACACAUUUAAAGGGACACUCCACUACCCAAAUACAAAUAAAUUACUGCUUAGUAGAUAUACCUCUUAAUGAAAACAUGCAUGCGUUUAAUUUUGCAUAUAUUUUUCAUUGGGGGUAUAUCUAAAAACAGUUUGCCAAAAGCUGCAGCUGUGCUGUUUGCUGCAUUUGAAAGCCCUUAUCAUCUUCUUGAUUACAGACCUACUGUGUCUGUCCAAUCACAAACUUCCCAAUGUAGCUCAAUGAGAAGUCUUUGCAAGGUAUGUGCUCUGGACAAGUGCUGCCUCUUGAGUUUAUCUCCACUGAGCUAAAGAACCAGGAAGUAACCGGACCAGUUGCAUGAUUGACAGCCGGGGAGUGUAAAAAGUUUAAAUUAUAAAGUGCCAAUUUCCACUAAACUCUGCACUUUUUGUAAAAUGAAAAAAACAAAACACACUCUUCACACAUAAAUUUUUCAGCAAGCUAAAGGGCUUUAUGGGUCUGGAGGGUCCCUUUAACUCUACAGUGUGCAUAUAGAGAUUACUAGCAUGUGGCAGGGAUGACUAACUGCUGUCAGUGCAGCUGUUGUGGGCUGUUUGCUGUGAUGCAUCACUCAGUCGCUGUACUAUCAAAGGACUCAAUCACUAGCAUCAGCCUGUGUUAGUCGUGUCAGAUAAUGGUGAUUAUCUGAUUCCAGUGCUACUUUACUGUAAAUUAUAACCGGAUAGUAUUCGAUUGAAACUCUUUUGAGCAGGGCCUGUUUACCUCUUAUCUCUGUCAAUUUUUUGGUUUGUCAAUUACUCAUUGUCAAAUAUCCCCAUUCUAUAAUUGUAAUGCUAAAGCACUGUGGAAACUGUUGGUGCUAUAUAAUUGCCAAUCAUAACCAUACGUUAUUAUUGAGGAUUAUUCACUAAAUAGUCUGUUGUGGUUAAUUGAAAAUAUGUAAAAUGUAGGCUUGAAUUCUUAAAGGACCACUAUAGUGCCCUGAGGGUGCCCCCACCCUCAGGGUCCCCCUCCCGCCCGGCUCUGGAAGGGGGAAAGGGGUAAAAACUUACCUUUUUCCAGCACUGGGCGGGGAGCUCUCCUCCUCUUCUCCUCCCCGUCGGCUGAAUGCGCACGCGCGGCAAGAGCUGCGCGCGCAUUCAGCCGGUCACAUAGGAAAGCAUUCAUAAUGCUUUCCUAUGGACGCUGGCGUGCUCUCACUGUGAAAAUCACAGUGAGAAGCACGCAAGCGCCUCUAGUGGCUGUCAAUGAGACAGCUACUAGAGGAAAUAGGGGAAGGCUUAACCCAUUCAUAAACAUAGCAGUUUCUCUGAAACUGCUAUGUUUAUGAAAAAAUGGGUUAACCCUAGCUGGACCAGGCACCAAGACCACUUCAUUAAGCUGAAGUGGUCUGGGUGCCUAGAGUGGUCCUUUAAGUAUUGCUGUAUUACCAUAUUGGCUAUUGAUUGUUGCUUAAUAUCUUCAAAUUUGUGUUAAGUCACAAUUCAUAGUGUAAAUCAAGUAGUCCUGACUAUUAUUUUAUUAUUGAUAUAGCGCCAGCAAACUCUGUAGUGCUGUAGAGGUCAGUCAGGAGGGUAUGUGUAAACGAUUACUAACAGGGUUAUUUACUAAAGUGGGAAAUGUCAGGAAUACAAAGUGAAUUUCAAGUUCAAGGCCAAAACAGCAGAAUUGGAAAACAUUUCCAAGUCAUUGAUGCUUCCAGUUUGCCUAUUUAGUUCUUCAAUUUAAAAUUCACUUUGGUUUCCAAAUAAUGUUCACUUUAGUCCAGGUUAUUCACUAAAGUGAGAAUUGUGAGGAACUCCAAUUGAAAUCAAAGUGAAUUUCAAUUUAACACCAGUAUAGCCAAAGUGGAAAAAUUCUGCCAGUAUGAUUCAGUUCUGCUACUUUGGGUUUGGAAUUCACUUUGAAUUCCCAACAAUUCUAACUUUAGUUAAUAACUUCAAGUAAAGAACCCUGUAAAUGUUAUUCAAUCAAGGUUAUUUACAAAAUUGAAUACGUACCCCUUUUCCUUGUCUGUGUGCUAUAAAAAUUGUCUGAACAGGAUUUUAAAUCUGAAGGUUUCUUGUAAAAUGUCUUACAUGUGACUUUCCUGUUCAUGGUAACAUUCCAAUGUAAACUGGAGACAGUGUUUAAAAGUGUUUUGUCAUUGUGACUUUAUGUAAUUCAGAAAUAUUUUGUCACACUUUUUUUUAAUGUACUAGCAUGAAGCAACAUCUCAAAUUGAGUGGUCUAUGAAUGAUUGUGAAUGUUUGGUGCAUUGGAAACAAAAGGCUGAAAAUAUUUCGUUAUCUGUAUUUACAAGAAUGGAUCUGCUCUGAUGUAGCACUUCAUGCAUUUGUGCAAUUUAAAAUGCACACUCUAAGCAUUACAAUAGCUUGUGCCCCUUACAUAGAGUAUGGUGGAAGGGGGUUUCUUCUCACUGUGUACCUGCACGCAAUUACUUAAAACUGCAGAAGUUGUGCAAAACUAACGACUGCUAUAACUCCACCUACUUGCUCGCAGAUGUUCACCUUCCACCACCACAUCGUACUUGUAAAGUGUGCCUCUUCGGCAUACGUACUCGCCUCCUACAACAGUGUUCUACACAACAUUCUGUGAAGGAACUGGAGUGGUGCAUCUAUGGCUCCAUUCAGAAAAUAGGGGGAAUUUUUUUUUAUUUAUUUUUUAAUUCAGAAAGCUGCACCAUGGCUGCUAUCAACUUUUGCAUGACAUUCAUCUUAUCUAAUGAAUGGAACUGCCUCCAAGUGUUUAGAGAAUACACCCAAUAAACCUCUCUGCUGUUAGGGAGCUAUGAGCAAUGUUCAGCUCACCUGGAUGGCAGGUGUUCCCAUGCCUAGUAGGGAACAUAGCUCACUGUAUGAUGCUUCAAGCCCGAGUGUUUCGCAGCACCAAGGGUAUCUUUUUGUUUAACUUAAUGUUUGUACAUAUAAUGUAUUAAACUGCGAUGUAUGUACUCCAGUUUGAAAAGUCCCUUUAAAGAGGAACGGACUCUUCCUUAAAUUUAGACCAACAUAUUAUUUAAAUAAAAGUUAACUAUUGAUGUGCUACUUUUUAAAAUACUUUCUAGUUUCCGUUAAUCUGCAUGUUUUGCUGAGCAAACUAGGCAAAGUAUGACUUUUAAAUAACACUUACAGUGCCACAUGCAUGGCGCAUGUACGUAUAAUCCAUUUCUGGAGAAACGUGAAAGCUUACUUGCCUCGUAUACAGCAUUUCUCUGUAUAUGCAGACAUGCAUGUCCGAGGCAUUGUGGGACUGAGAGUUUGCUGCAACUAGGAAGAACAGCGAAGGUACGUUGUUUUUUUUAAUAUACUUACCUUCACUACCUUAAUCACACCAAUUAACAACAAAAUAGUGAAUGAACAACGGACUGUAAUUUCUCUGGAAGGGACAGUUCGCAUUUUAAGAUAAGAUAACUUCAUAUGCAGAUGGCAGUUGUCAAUGUUUUGCAUAAGAAAAAAAAAAAAAAGUACAAAAAAAAUCUGCAUGUAAAACUAUACACUGCAGAAAAUAGAACAGGAAGAAUAAUAGAUAAACAAAGCCUUCAGGCAGCUGAGUGUAAUAUCAGCACCUGCAGACAUAACGUCUGAAAUAGUGAUUUGUACACCCUCCCCUACUAGAGCGUGCUCUCCCACCCAAUACUUUGCCAUACUCUCCACCUGCUGUUUUCCCUUUUCAAGAUGACCAUCAUAAAUAUAUUUCUGUGUAAAAUAUCACUUUUGACAUAACUUAUUUACUUGUUACAAGCAGCUAGCUCAUGGAUUGCUCUUUAACUACAUCUCUGGGCUAUCUCCAUAUACAUAGCUGGCCAUAGGUGCAGGUGUACUGUGUUAGGUGAGAUAAAGCGCCGGAGACCUACCUGUUCUGGUGCACAGUUUUAGUAUCCACGCAAGAUCCAAUACCAGUGAUAGCCUAUCAUGCAGAUUUGCAUGCUAGACAAACUAGUAUAGAGAAGGUGGUGUUAAUGAAAAAUUUGCAUUAUUCAUAUAUAUAUAUAAGUUGUCCCUGGUUUACACCUCUUCUAUUCUGAUACCUGCGCACAGCUGCCUCCAUCAAGGGAAAUGGUUUUAUGUCUAACAAAAGUCUGAUACACUUCACAGUUGUGCUGUAUGCAACAAUCUUUGCUGAUACCACAAACUUUAUUUAGAUGAUGCUCUAAGUCAAGCAUCAAACUCAAAGGCUAGCAAGGACCAAAUAAACAAGGUUUAUGUAGGCCACAAAAAUAAAUAAAUGUAAAUGUUCAUAGAAACGUAGGUUUAUUUUGAAAAGAACCGUAUUAAGAAAAAAAAAAAAGUGACCCCCUUUCGUCUACUAAACCCCAGUCCCCCUUUCGUAUACUAAAUCCCAGUCCCCCUUUCGUAUACUAAAUCCCAGUCCCCCUUUCGUAUACUAAAUCCCAGUCCCCCUUUCGUAUACUAAAUCCCAGUCCCCCUUUCGUAUACUAAAUCCCAGUCCCCCCUUAGUCUACUAAACCCCUGCCCCUGUUCUCACUCAUUCACUCUCACUGACAGACAUACACACACUGACAUACACACAGAAUCACUCCAACACACACAUGCACUCACAGACACACACAAACUGACACACACACCACUUAUUUUUUUGUAUUUAUUAUUAUUAUUUUAAUUUAAAUCCACCCAGCCUCCCUACCUUUGGGAGAGCUGGAUACAUUUCUUACCUUGUGUCUAGUGAGGUUACUGGGCAGGAGUACAUUCAGGCAGGCAGGGGGGCGGACAGGCAGCAAGGGAGCAUUGAUUUUGAGCUCUCUCAGCUCAGCUCGCACGCGCGCCGCAGUGAUUGCGGGAGCCGGAGUGACGUCAUAUUCCGGCUCCCGGCAUCACUGCAGGUACUGUGCAGGGAGAGAUCACACUCAGCGCUCCCUCGCAGCCCGCAAACAUUCGGUGUGGGCCGCGAGUUUGACAUCUAUGCUCUACACAUUCUUAGACCCCUAAAUAUAAUAUUUAGUAGUACAUGAGUGCAUUCUGUCCCAAGAGCCUUACUGUGCCAGACAAUUGUUUGUCCCAGAAUUGUGUAGUCGGCACCUCUAGGUUUAGCCAGUGUCCUGUACGAUGAGGAUAAUCUUAAAAAACAUCAUACCAUUUGGAUAUUAAUGCAGCAAGUGGUUUACCAGCUGAUGCAUAGAAUAUUGUCUUACAUUGCCUCCAUUUGUGUGAUGUUAUUUACAAUGUAAUCUUAUUUACACACUUAUAUCUAAACACAGUUAUUUUAGUUCAACCCCCUUAAGGACAGAGGCAACAUGAGCUACCGGUAUAUGUCUGUUUAACAAUAAUUUACCUAAUUUUUAUUAAGUGCACCAACACUUACUAUAGAUCAGUUUCUUCAGGAGAAACCGGGCAUUUAUUUCACAUCAAAUAUUUAUAUAUGAAUCAUAAUUAAAACUAUUUAAAAAUCUAAAAAUGUGUGACAAAUUUAAUGUUAUAAACUCUGCGUGGCAUUUUAACUGUGAAUGUCAUAAUAAUGUUACCUUUACACAUAUUUGUGUCUUAGAAGUAUAAAAGUACCCGCCAUGUAGAGGGUUUUAUUGGGUUUUGGAAAGUUACAGGGUCGAAUAUAGAGAUGGCCAGGGCCGUCUUUAACGCGGGGCAAACGGGGCAGCUGCCCCGGGCCCAGUUGCUCCUGGGGGGCCCAGAGCAGCUGCUCUGUGGGCCCCGCGAUUUGCGCAGCCCCUAUGGGCCGGGCGGUGCGGCUCCCGCACACUGAGGAGGCUCCCCGGGUGGCCCAUGCACUAAGGGCCACCCGGGGAGCAUGUGUCAGCAGGGGCCCGGUCGGGCGCUGUGGCGCUUAAACAGCGCGACCGGGCCCCUCUUCCGGUUCUGCAGCCGGCUGGGAGGAAGUGACGUCACUUCCUCCCACCGGAGAUAGCCGCGCGGGAGGAGGAAGGCAGGGAGGAGGGGAGUUCCAGAGGAGAACUCCCAUCUGCCUCAGCCUGCCACUGGACCAGGGAAACCACCCUCCAGGAAAAGGUAAGAACCUGGAGGGUGGCUAAAUGUAUGUCAGUAGGUCUCUGUGUGUGUGUAUGUGUGUCAGUAUGUCUAUGUGUGUGUAUGUGUCAGUAUGUGUGUGUGUGUGUGUCAGUAUGUCUGUCUGUGUAUGUGUCUGUGUGUGUGUGUGUCAGUAUGUCUGUCUGUGUGUGUGUGUCAGUAUGUCUGUGUGGGUGUGUCAGUAUGUCCGUCUGUGUAUGUGUCAGUAUGUAUGUGUGUGUGUGUGUCAGUAUGUCUGUGUCUGUGUGUAUGUCUGUGUGUAUGUGUCAGUAUGUCUGUGUGUGUGUGUGUGUGUCAGUAUGUCUGUGUGUGUGUAUGUAGGUAUGUCUCUGUGUGUGUGUGUGUGUCAGUAUGUCUGCCAGGAUAUAUUUGUGUGUCAGUGUAUGUGUGUGUCAGUAUGUAUCUGUGAAUGUUUUAAUGUCUGUCUGUGUGUAUGUGCCAGUACGUCUGUCUGUGUGUAUGUCAGUAUGUCUGUAUGUGUGUGUCAGUAUGUCUGUGUGUGUAUGUAAGUAUGUCUGUGUGUGUAUGUAAGUAUGUCUGUGUGUGUAUGUGUGUGUCAGUCAGUAUGUCUGUCAGUGUAUGUGUCUGUGUGUGUAUGUAUGUAUGUCUGUGUGUGUCAGUAUGUCUGCCAGGAUAUAUUUGGAUGUCAGUGUAUGUGUGUGUCAGUAUAUAUCUGUGAAUGUUUUAAUGUCUGUCUGUAUCAGCCAUUACGUCUGUCUGUGUAUAUGUCAGUAUGCCGUGUGUGUGUGUGUAUGUCAGUAUGCCUGUGUGUGUGUGUCAAUGUGUCUGUCAGUGUAUGUGUCUGUGUGUUUUAGUAUAUCUGUCAGUGUAUGUGUUUGUGUGUGUGUCAGUAUAUCUGUUAAUGUAUGUGUCUGUGUAUGUAUGUAUGUAUGUCUGUGUGUGUGUCAGUAUAUCUGCCAGUAUAUAUUUGUGUGUAGUGACUGUGUAUGUCAGUAUGUAUCUGUGAAUGUUUUAAUGUCUGUCUGUGUGUGUAUGUGCCAGUACGUCUGUCAGUGUGAUUGCGGGUUGGACGUAAUUGGGGGGUGAGGCAGUGGCAGGGACAGGGCCCAUGGGGCCCAAGAAAAUGCAUUGCCCAGGGUCCUAAUCAUAUUAUAGACGGCCCUGGAGAUGGCAAAUGUCAUUCUCUGUACUUUCUGCCUGGGUUGUCAGGCAGGUUCCACAAUUUAUAACUAAAUAAAAAUCACAUAAUUAUCCGAAAAUAUUACACAAAUGUACACGUCGGGACGGCGUAACAGGAACCACAUUUUGUGACUGUCUUCAGAUUCAGGACAGUUGAGAGGCAUGUGCUUGUGAAAUUGGAUUUUAAAUGUUUGAAAUUUCCAGUUUAUAUAUGCACACAUGGAUAUUUUUCAAUAUAUGGCUGCCAGCUAUAAUUCCAUCCAGAGUUCAGACUCAUCUUCGAAAAGCAAGAUGCCAGAAUUGCAGAUUUUUAUUUCUUAAUUAGGUCUUCAGUAAUUAUCAGCUCUAGGCCCUUGAAGCAAUUAAUUCAGUACUGCCUUGGGCAUGGAGUGCACCUUUAAAUUUUGCUAAGGUCCAGUAAUUGCCUUACAUUGUGUCCUCACAUUGUUAUCAUUAUGGUCAACUGUUGUUCCUUUUAAAAGGUGUUUAUGGUUAAUAAGCAUAUGAUUAAACAGGAAAAAAUGCCCAGUUAAUCUUUUACCAUAACUAUCUCAACGUGUGGGGCAAAGUACAGUUUUACUUAUUAAAAAUACUAUGAUUUUAACUGCCUAGUAGUAAUUAAUUUGUAACAGAUACCUUAUCUAGUACACAGAACAGAGCAUGCACACAUUUUAAUAUGUUCCCAUCUACUUCACAACAUGUAACUCUUGAUCUGCUAUAGUGAAUGAAUUUAGGAUGCCAAUUACUGACUGCUGUUAUUUUUUCUGUUGCAUAUUAAUAGCUAGUAAGAUUCAUUCCACAAGGUCAUUUUUUUUUUUUUUUGCUUUCAACCAUAGAAGAGUGUAUCUCUUGGAUAGGCAGUCUCUCUGGCAUGAUAAUAGUAAUGGACUAUAUCACUACUAUAAUUCAGCCUUUAUAGCAGGGGUCCUCAAACUUUUUAAACAGGGGGCCAGUUCACUGUCCCUCAGACACUGUUUUGGGCCAGACUAUAGUUUUGAAAGAAAUUUGAACGAAUUCCUAUACAUAUUGAAACAGAUACAGACAUAUACUAACAUACAUACAGACACAAACACGCAUAAGGACAUACACACACACACACACACUGACAGACAUACACAUUCAUAAAAACAUAUACUGAAAUACAGACACACAUACAUACACACACACACAAAUACAUACACACAUUGACUGACAUACAUACAUACAUACUGAAAUACAUACAUACAGACACAUGGCCAGAGUUGUAACAUUGAAGCUGGAGUGAAAAUUCUAGCCUGCCCCUGGCACAUGGAAACAAUCUAGCUGGUAUUCAAAGACAAACAAAUUGGCUAACAGAGACAGACUGGUAAAUAAGGCAUAGAAGAUAUGUUUUGCAAACUGAUAUUGCUAAAAAAAUAAAAAUGUUGUUUUCCCUACCCAAUAGUUGACCGGGAACAUUUAACAGGAUCAAUGUUUGUAUAAUUCUAUCACAACAAUCUUGUCAAUAAUUAUCCUAUAACAAAAUGAAAUCUCCAAACCGUUUAGUGAUAACAGGCAGUAUAGAAUUGCAAACGCUAAAUAAGCAUGCUUCUACAUGGUCUUUAGGGACCAGAUUGUGCUGACCACACGAUAAACCAUUUGUCCUUCAUUAUUAAUUAAAGAGACAAUAUAUACAUUGUACUGCAGAGUGUGCACUGCACAAUGGGUAAACAAACUGAUUAAACAAUUAUAUAAUGAUAAACAAUUUGUGGUGAGUAAAACAAAAGGCAAGGUGGACCGUGCUCUUACAAGUUUCAAAUGUAAAAAGUGCUAAAGAAUGGAAGGUUAGGUGUGGUCUGUGCAAUGGUGACUACUGUAAUCCGCUUCUCAGUGGACUUACGUGCUCCCAAUUUGCGUCGUUACAGUCCAUAAUGAAUGCGGCGGCGAGGCUCAUCUUCCUGUCCGCCCGCACCUCCCAUGCCUCACCCUUCUGUCAGUCCCUACAUUGGCUUCCCAUAAAAUAUAGAGCUCAAUUUAAAAUUCUGGUUCUUGCUUUCAAAUCUCUACAUAAUGCUGCUCCCACCUAUCUAUCCUCCCUUAUACACAAGUAUGUCCCGUCUAGGCCCUUACGAUCUGCUGAAGACUUACGUCUAUCUUCAGUCCGUACUCCCACCUCUAAUGCUCGCCUUCAAGAUUUCUCAAGGGCUGCACCGUUCCUGUGGAACUCACUUCCCUCCUCCGUUAGAUGCUCACCCAGUCUCCACUCCCUCAAAAAAUCAUCAAAAACGCACUUCUUCAUUAAAGCGUAUCAAUUAAACUGUUAAUAGCUCCCGACUGAUUCCUCUUCUGCAACUGUCACUAGUCUAAUACUAUCCUUACCUUUUGGGUCAUUUUACCCCACUCCCUCUAGCAUGUAAGCUCAUUGAGCAGGGCCCUCAACCACUCUGUCCCUGUGUGUCCAACUUGUCUGGUUACAACUACAUGUCUGUUCGUCCACCCAUUGUAAAGCGCUGCGGAAUUUGACGCGCUCUAUAAAUAUCAUAAUAAUAAUGAGCCCUUCCCUCUUUGUAUUAGCAGUAGGAAGAGGGAAGUGCUCAUGCCAUUGUACAGAGCGCUGGUGAGACCUCAUUUGGAGUAUUGUACGCAGUACUGGAGACCGUAUCUUCAGAAGGAUAUUGAUACUUUGGGGAGAGUUUAUAGAAGGACUAGUAAACUGGUUCAUGGACUGCAGGGUAAAACUUACCAGGAAAGGUUAAAGGAUCUUAACAUGUAUAGCUUGGAGGCAAGACGAGACAGAGGUGAUAUGAUAGAAACAUUUAAAUACAUAAAGGGAAUCAAAACAGUAAAGGAGGAGACUAUUUUUAAAAGUAAAACUACAACAACAAGAGGACAUCCACGCUCCUCCCUUUCUGACGUUAGCCGUCGGGGGAUACCUAAUGCGCAUGCGCGGCAAUGGCCGCACACGCAUUAGACCUCCCCAUAGGAAAGCAUUAUUCAGUGCUUUCCUAUAGGGAAAAUCUGAUGCUGGAGGUCUAUGACUAUGUCCAGCGUCAGAUAACGGACCAAAAGUUUGUUUGGAUUGGAAGCUCUCUAGUGGCUGUCUGGUAGACCUCCACAGAGGGCAGACUUAGAGCUGCAAUGUAUACAUUGCAGCACUUAGUGCAAAAGGGUCACAUCACCCAGACUACUUCAAUUAGCUGAAGUUGUCUGGGUGCCAACAGUGUCCCUUUAAGCAUGCAUGGGAUUGGCAUAAAGGCUAUCCUAGAUAUAAAACAUUAAUGAAACGUAUUUAGAAAAUUGGGCAGACUAGAUAGGUAGAAUGGGUCUUAUCUGCCAUCACAUUACUGUAUAUGUUUCUAUGGUAACAAAUCUAACCAUUUACUUUCUUUUUUAAAAUUGGCUAAAUAAAAACAAAUAAAUUGCAUACUCUUUUAAAGUGGCCCCCUGGUACAUGGACAUUCUUGCCGCUGCAGGUAGACCUACAAUAGGAUGAGAUGCUCCAGUCAUAAGCAUCUCACUCUGGUCUGUGGGGACUGAUCUUACUCUAUAAUUUUUGAUUCAGCAGAGGAUGUUUGGAAAAAUUGCUGCACUAUAAGCCACUCAACAAGUGUGGACUCGGGGGUGCACUAGGUACUGUACACAUUACAGUAAUGCAAAGUGCUUACAGUGUUUAGACUAACUUUUAAAUACAGGAAUGGUUGGAAGGAAAAUCUUCAUCUGUUGUGCAACUCCCAUGAUGCAUUUACAGCCUUAAAAGUAAAGGAGCACAAAGCAAUUGUAGCUGUUAUUGGCAACUAAAUUGAGCUGUUGUGGUUAUGCUACUUGGGAAGCGAUGUUAAGGCUGACAAAAUAUGUUUGUCUUACAGUGGCUGGGAAUAGAUCUUUUAGCCAGUCCUACAUCAAAAGGUUUUAGAAUGUUUGAAGCACAUCACAGAACAACUUAUAAUCAAGACAAAUCAAAGUAAAUGACAAGGUUACCACUCAACUGUGUUUUGUUGAGAAUUCAUCAAGUGCAAAUUUUAGGCCAAAGUAGCUGAACUGGAGAAAUUGUCAAAGUCUCCUAGGUUCCUAGGUACACUAUUGUGCAACUUCAAUGUUAAUUCAGGACAAUUCACAAUUUAGUGAAUAACUCUGCAGGAGUUUAUGCUCUCUAAAUACAGAAUUAUCUUGAACUGAAAACUGUCUGGCAAAAGUUUCUCAUACAAUCUGCAGCCCAGCAGGAGUCCCAGUUUGCCUAAAUAUUUAAAUGUGAUGGUUUAUUCACCAAUAGUAGCUAAUUCGAAUAACAUAAUUCAGGCUAAAAUAGUCAGCCUGUGACUAUAACAGAGCUGGAACAAUUUUUCAUGUCAGCUAUGUUAGUCUAAAUGCUUUUAUUUAUUUAUAUUUUUUUAUUUCAUUAAACCCCUAAAGUGUUAAUUCUCAGGAAUUCAAAAUUUCAGGAGAAAAUAGCCAAAUUAAUAAGACCAUUUAUGAAGCAUUGUAUUCCAAUUCUUAGUAAAACUUGAAAUUCACUUUGAAGUCACCUUGGAUUCCUGACAUUGGUAAAUUUUGAGUUUACUAUAGUUUGGUGUUUGUCAAACCCCUGUGAGUUGCCAUUAAUUUAAGAGUCAUUUAAGGUGAACUAAAUCUUUUUAUUUCUAUAUAUUUUUUUUUUAAGCUAAAAGAAGAGAGCCAAGUAAUUUUAGCAAUACAUAUUAGUGUUGCCUGAUGUAACCAAGCUACAUACAUGCGUUAAGGAUUGAAGGUCACAACUGUCUCAUAACAUCCCCCUAACCUGUCUGUGCAGCUCUUCCUCUCUGUGAGCCCGUUUAGCACUGCCGGCCUCCGUCCAGCGGAGGGCAGUGUUGCAAACCUUUAUGCUCAGACAUCUUAAGCUCCCCUCCCUCCUCCUCCUCCCUCCUCCUCCCUGUCCCUUUGCCUGCAGUCUGACUGCUGAUCUAAGAGUUAAAGUGCUCUUCCUGUUUGGUUAGUCAGUCAGUUAGGAAAUAUGUUGCUAGAGCAGAGUACAGCUGUUUAUAAUCCCCAUAGCUAGCUCCACGCCCUCUGGCCCUGAGCCUGCUCCUCUCUCUCUGCCUUAGCUCUCAGGGUUUUUGUGUGUGUGUGUGUGCAAUGUACUAACAACGUCACCUCUGAUUGGUGUUAUAUUUGUGUCUCUAAUUCUUCCAGCCAAUUGAGCCAGGAGAGGAGCUCUUAGUCUGGUACAAUGGGGAAGACAACCCAGAGAUAGCAGCUGCUAUUGAGGAGGAGAGAGCUGCCAGCAACCGGAGCAAGAAGAGCUCACCGAAAAGCAGAAGGGGUAAGGACAAGGGUGUAUUAUAGAGAGAGCUCUGGGGAGGGGGGGUGGAUUGCCUGGGGUGGAAGGAGGGGGGGGAGAGAGGGUGUGCUGUGUAUGGCCCACUGUCUGUACUGAGAUGGAUGUCGCUGUGACCUUUCUCAGCCUGCUGUCUAUUGCCUGCCCAGCUAAGCACUUCUUCUCCUUAGAGCAAACACACCAUCCUGUGGCUGAAUCAUAUGAUGUGCUAUGUGCCAGCACUGCAAACUGCUCUGUACCCCUCCCUGUACACAACCAUCCUCUUCUUCCAAUCCCAAUCAUGCACUCCCCCUCCCUUUUUUUUUUUUUUUUCAUAUUUAUCUAUCAUCCUGAAAAUGCAUUGCUUGAUUCUACUGAAAGAGGAACAAUUACCUGUAUUUAAAAAAACAAAACAUAAUUUUUUUUGUGUGUGUGGGCGUCCCAUCCUCUCUUAAAACAAGCCUGAUGGCAUAUUUUCUUACUGUCUGGAGAAGGUGAGUUCAUUACAAAAUGGCAUUUUUUUUUUAUAUAUACAGUGGUAUGGAGUUACAAGUAGACAGGCAAAAUCCUCACUUACUGGAUGGAUUACAAGCAAGAGUGGAUCCAAGAUGAUUUUUCUUUCCUUAUGGCAGAGUAAUAAUCAUGUUGAAGGAAAAGAAAAUUACAAAACGUUUUAGCAGUCACAAUUUAUGGUGAUCACAUGAGAACGUUUGAUAGUUUUGGUAGCUACAUUGGAGAACUGCAGAUUACAACUGUGUAGGAGUAGAAUGUAUGGUAAAAUGACCUCAUUAGGCAGCAGUGGAGUUGGGCAAGAGAUGUGUCAGACAAUAUGUAAGGGUUUGGAUUGCUUACUGCAGGAGUGUUUGUAGCUUGGAAGUACAGGGCCUUCAUUACACAAGUCCUUAACCUUGCAGCCUGUUGACUUUUAUUUCGCUCCCUUAGUUUAUUUUGCAUCAGCAGUUUUGACACCUGAUUUGGCAGGCUAUUUGCACAGUGUAUGUUUAAUUUCAUGUGCGACAAGUCAUACAUUUUAUAAUUCCACAUGCUUAAAACUUUUCAUAUUCAUCUAUGGUAAAUGCACAACCUGGUAGCAAACCAGGAAAUGAAGUAGGUUUUAAACGAUUAUUAUGCAUCUAUUUAAAGAUGAUUGCACAAUACCCUAUGUUAGAAUUGAAAGCAGACAAUGUAUGUAGGAAUUAUAUUGAAAUCGAAUUGCUAUAUCUUAUUUGUUGUUAUAGUUUUGAAAAAAACACGAGCAGCUCAGUAACAUUUCCCUUUGUUGAGAAAUGUCAUAUUUUUUUCAUUUUUAUUUCUUAUGUGAAAUUUCUGUCUUGUAAAGUAGCCCUGUUGUGUGAUUCAGCAAGAGAUUGUGUAGGCCAUAUGUGAGUCAUGGUUUGUGUAAUGUGUGACUCAAGUAAGUAUGGAAUUCAUUGAGUAUUAUUUUUUCCAAGCAAGUGUUUUUUGUAAUGUGAACUCUUGAACUAAGGAACAUGUUCUUUCUGUGAGAAUGCCAGGGGAUGAGUUGGUGACAUUUCACUUAAUUACUAUUUUACUCUUAAACUGUUACAUUGUAUUUGCCACUGCAUGUCCUAGCUUACUUACCAGGACUAAAUUUUCACUUGCCAAAGGCUAGUCGUGAGUGGAUAUACUAUUAUGGUGGAAAACAAAUGCUGAUGAUGCCUGAUUGUCCAUCUUGCUAUGGGUCAUUUUGCAUAAAUAAAAUAUAUAGGCAUGAGAAUUUCAGUUUUCAAAUUUCCCUAAUUGCUUUAUUAUGUCACUUGCAGGACUCUUGACCCCCCACCCCCACCCCAACUGCAUUUUUCUCCCAUCAUGGUUUACAUUUGCAGAAGAUGGCAACUUGAGCUUUUAAUAACAUGGGGCAUUUUGAGUCUCUUUUUUUUUUUUUUUUUUCCUACUGUAAUUUCAACAAUUUCUGCCAUAUAUGGCUGUAAACUUUAUUCCCCAUACAUUUUAGAGUUUAAUGUGGGCCUUUCACAGGCUUUGUGUGUUGUACUAUUUCAUGGACCUUUUGGUGUUUAUGAUGCAUCUCCUGAACACAACAAUACUUCACUAUACUUUUGCCAGACUUUUAGGCACUUAGAGUCAAAUUUGUGACAUGCCUCUUUGCAUGCUUCCCAGAGACACUAUUUGGUGAAGUAAAAUGAACUGUGUCAUCAUACUGACCAGCUGUUAUUUCUAGCUUUAUCCAACUCUAAUGCAUUUAGUCUUAUUUAAUGUGAAAGCCUGUCAAAGUUUUGACAAACCUUAGGUGACUGUAAAUGAUUUUCUUCACUGUGCUUUGGCUCCUAGGACAACCAGGCAGCCUGGGGCCCAUUUAAAGGAACUCUCCAGGCACCCAAAAACUUUAUCUAAAUUAAGUUAUGGUUCCAGGAGGCUUGCAGAGGCACUCUUACCUUAAGAGGUUAAACCGUUCUCAAACAAUUUAACUCCUAAGUUUCCUCCAGCGGCAAUGUCCACUCCUCCCCUCAAGGCGGCAUCUGGCUUCAGCACUUUCCGAUUCAGAAAGCAGGGAGUGCUGCUGAUUGGCAUAGAGCGGUUAGCUGACACUCUUAGCCAAUCAGUGACUCCCCAUUUAUACAACUGACUCGGAAAGAAUUGUAAAUUUCUCAAGCCAGUUUUGUGAAUUGCGAGUCACUGAUUGGCUGAGAGCAUCGGCUAACCACUCUCAGACAAUUUGGUUGCUCCCCUGCCCUGCAGCACUCCGCGCUUCCUGAAUCUGAAAUUGCUUAGCAGGGUGCCACCUGUGAGGAAAGUGGACAUCGCUGCUGGAGGCAACUUAGGGGUUAAACCGCUCUCGAAUGUGGCCUACCCCUUGAGCUAAGAGAACAUUUGCGGGCCCUCUAGCACCAUACCAACCUAAUUAAGAUGAAGUUGUUUUGGAGCCUGGGGUAUCCUUUUAAUCACCUUUAUUGGACUAUCCAGUGCAGCACUGUACAUGCUAUAUUUGCAGCGUGUACUUGUAAUACUGGAAGUCCCCUCGAUGACUGCCAUUGAUAGACAUGUUGUCUUUGGGAAUAAAAACCAAAGAGAAUUACUCAUGCAUUAUCCCAAAUCCUUAUCCGCAUUUAAACAACUAGAGGUUUUUUUUUUUGUUUUUUGUUUUUUUUACCUCAAGCUGAAAGAAGCAAAAUGAAUUGUUAGCGUAGAAGAGGUUUGCCUUGACAUGACAGGUGAGCUUACAUCUAAAUGACCAUUGGAGUGAUACUAAAAACCUCCAGGUAUUUAAAUGUGCAUACGGAUUUGAGAUAAUACACAAGUAGCUCUUUUCUUUGUUUUCUAUUGUAGUUAUUGGGUCUGAUGUGAGUCUCAUCGCUGCCGCUCAUGAGUAGUGUGAGUUUUAGCGCAGAUCUUAUUUUUACAUAUUUGUUUUUGCAUCACACAGUAGGGAUUGACCGAUUAUCGGUCUGGCCGAUAUUCGAUAUUUUCGGCAAUAUCGUUAUCUGCCUACAGAGAUACCGAUAUUGCCGAUAAUACAUACCAGGACCUCCGGGCCCAUUACAAGCCUGGCGGUCCUGGAGGGCCCGCAGCAAGCUCUUCCUUACCUUCCCAGCAGCUCCCCUGUGUAAAUCUUGCGAGUCCUGCGGAUUUAGACAGGGGAGCUGAAGGGAGCUACUGGGAAGGUAAGGAAGAGCUUGCUGGGCCCCGACUGCACAGUCCAUGCCAAUGGACCAUCAGGGAAUGCCAUAUUCCCCCUCCCUUCCUCCCUCCCAUGCCAGGUAACAAGCAGGGGGGGGGACUAAAGAAAUUUUUUUUAAUUUUUUUUGUUUUGUUUUUUUACAUUUUUUUUUUUUUUUUUGCCUCCCUCAUGCCCCCCAAAUUACAUACCUACAGAAAGACACACACACACACACACACACUGCAUUCACUAUACACACUACACAAACACACUGCAUUCACUAUACACACACUGCAUUCACUUUAUACACACACUAUACAUGCACACUGCAUUCACUAUACGCACACUACACACACACUGCUGUGCUGUGGUGCAGUUUAACACUAACACUAAAUAAGUGUCUCACACUACCCACAGUCUGGCCCUUCUGGAGGUGUGACUAAGGCAGAGAUUACACACUUACUUGUCAAACCCAUUUAUAUAGUCAGUUGGAGCUCUGAUAGGCUAAAAGCAGUCAGCUGAUCCUCUCAUUGCUGCACAGGCUAAUACUACCUCAUAGCCAAAGCGGCACAGAGGAGGGAGGGUCUUCUGGUGACUCUCAUUUAGCAUUAAAACAUAAAAACAUUAAAGGACCACUAUAGGGUCCUUGGGUCCCCCUCACCCUCAGGGCCCCACUCCUGCUGGGCUCUAGGGGGAGGAAGGGGUUAAAUUCUUACCUUUCUCCUGCGCCGGGCUUCCUCGGCGCUGGGGACUCUUCUCCCUCUUCUGAUGUCAUCGCCUGAAUGCGCAUGCGCGGCAAGAGCCGCGGGUACAUUCAGCCAGUCCAUAGGAAAGCAUUCUCAAUGCUUUCCUAUGGACGCUGGCGUCUUCUCACUGUGAAAAUCAUAGUGAGAAGCGUGGAAGCGCCUCUAGCGGCUGUCAAUGAGACAUCCACUAGAGGCUGGAUUAACCCAUGUGUAAACAUGUUUACAGCAGGCAGGGUUAAUCCUAGAUGGACCUGGCACCCAGACCACUUCAUUGAGCUGAAUGAAAUGACAACCAGGGAACGCCGGACACUAUAAUCAUUUUAAUGAAUUCAGCAGACAAAAUGCCUACAAUGGUCUUUAAGGGUUAAUAAGUGUGUUUUGGGUUUAGAAAAAUACCCCUUUCUGUCUUAUUAGAGUUUUCUUUUUUUUUAUUUCUUUUUUUUUUUUACCUGAAGUAGACAGAAGCAAGGUGAAUUGUUUGUGUAGUUUUGUCUUGACAUGACAGGUGAGUUUAAACCUAAAUGGCCAUAGGAGUGAUGCUAAAAUUUUUCAGGUAUUUAAAUGUGCAUAGCGAUUUGGGAUACUGCGCAAGUAACAUUUCUUUGGUUACUAUUGUAUGUAUUGGGGCUGAUGUCUCUGGAUCCAGCUGUCCCAAUGAUUGCAUGCCUGUGGGAAACUUGUGAGACAUUCAGAAGUGACCCAAUAUCUUUUUUUUUUUGUUGUUGUUGAUGUUCUUCCUGUAGAGCGCCUUUUAAAGAGACACUAUAGUCACCAAAACAAUUUUAGCUUAAUGAAGCAGGUUUAGUGUAUAGAUCAUGCCCCUGAAGUUUCACUGCUCAAUUCUGUCGUUUAGGAGAUAAAUCACUUUUGUUUCUGUUUAUGCAGCCCUAGCCACACCUCCUCUGGCUGUGACUGACACAGCCUGCAUGAAAACUAAAUGGUUUCACUUUAAAUCAGAUGUUACUUUAAAUGUUAUCAUCUCCUGCUCUGUAAAUUAAGCUUUAACUACAUACAUGAGGCUCCUGAAGGGUCUUGUUGGCUAAUAAUAGAGCAGGAGAUAAGAAAUUCUGAAUUAAACAGAAUUUGCAAAAAAAGGAAGUGUUCACAUUAGAUUACACUUUACAGGAAGAGUUUAGGAAGGCUGUGUAAGUCACAUGCAGGAAGGUUUGACUAGGCUACAUAAACAAAGGGAUCUAACUCAUAAAUGGCAGAGACUUAAACAGUGAGACUGCAGGGGCAUGAUCUACACACCAAAACUGCUUCAUUAAGCUAAAGUUGUUUUGUUGACUAUUCACAAUGCUUUCCUAUGGACGCUGGCGUCUUCUCACUGUGAUAUUCUUGUCAAACUGUGAUAUUCACAGUGAGAAGCACGCAAGCGCCUCUAGCGGCUGUCAAUGAGACAGCCACUAGAGGCUCUAGAGGCUGGAUUAACCCUAUUAUAAACAUAGCAGUUUCUCUGAAAUUAUGUUUAUUUAAAAAAAAAAAAAAGGGGGGGUUAACCCUAGCUGGACCCGGCACCCAGACCACUUCAUUAAGCUGAAGUGGUCUGGGUGCCUAUAAUGGUCCUUUAAAAGUUGUUUUUUUGUUUGUUUGUUUUUUAUCUCCUGCUCUGUAAAUUGAACUUUAAAGUAAGUUACAUCUGAUUUGAAAAUGAAACCAUUUUGUUUUAAUUUAGGGUAUGUCUGUCAUAGCCAGGGGAGGUGUGGCUAGGGCUGCAUAAACAGAAACAAAAGUGAUUUGAACUCCUAAUAAGCAUAGCUGAGAAUCGAGCAAUGAGACUGCAGUGGCAUGAUAUAUACACUAAAACUGCUUAAUUAAGCUAAAGCUGCUCUGGUGACUAUAGUGUCUCUUUAAAUGCUCCACUGUAAUACCUUUUGGACAUUAUUAUUGGUUUGCAAAUGAUGGGGGAAACAUACACCUUUUUUGUUGUCUUGCUUAUUUUUGGAUCAAGACUGCAAUGAAUUGAGUUACUGUACUUUUAAAUAGGGAACAUACCCUUUUGCAUGGAUUAAGCACAAUUAUGGUUUCCCUUUUGAUACUAUAAUGUAGUUUAGUAUAGUAAAAUGCAGUACUUUAGUUGUGUCUUGUUUAUGUUUGCUCUUCUUUUGAAUUUGCCUGUGACCUGAGUCUGCUUCCUCUUGGUUGAAAACUAGAGUAAAGAGGAGAGCUUUGUCAUUUAUGGCUUUGUUUCUGCAGAAGCAUUGCAGAGUUCAGUAACUUUGGAGGUGACGUAUUUACAACAAAUUGUUAUCUGAUUUUUAUUAUGACUUCCUGUUUUUAACUCCAAUGUUGUCUUAUAGCAAAAUAAACACAUCUGAGCACGUGUGCAUUUGUUUGAAAAAUAUUCAGUAAAGUAACAAUUUUAUAAAUGUGGGCAUCUGAACUGAUAAUUUCACUGUAGUGCCUCUAUGUUGCCUAAAGGCAUUUUGAAGUGUGGAUACUUAUCUAUAUCAUUGAACUAAUAAUUCAUUGUUGCUAUGAUAUACAAAUUUUUAGUGCUUGUUAUUAGGGCAAGGAAUAUUUGCUACACAGGUGAAUACCAUUAUGUAGCUUUAUUUUUAUUUUUUUUGUCAGAGCCACCAAAAAAGUGGACCUUUGUAGAGAAGCCGUCAAAAAACAGGUCUUUAGUCCGUUUCGUCAUGUUGCGCGUGUCCUAAUCCCUUUUAAUCAAUAUCAUGUUAUACAGAUGGUCUGAAGAUAAAUUUAAAGAUGUGAAAAGUACUCCUCAACCAUUAGUAAGGCUGACUACACACCAAACCUUUCUGCAUGCCUGUGCUCUCUCCAGCAUUCUCUCUGCUAUCACAGCAUAUCGUAGAGGAAGACUCUGAAUGAUGUGAAUAUGCUCCCAGAAUUUCCAUGCAAGUCCCCUGGGUGUUUUUGUUAUUAUAUUAUCUGCAAAUCCAUGUGUUUGCUAUGUGUUUUGCUAGCAUGGUUUAUAGAUGGAAUUAUGAACUGAUCAUUAUUAUGUAUGUGACGUUGACAAAUGGUUAAUAGCGUUAGUAAAUGUACAGAGUACAAGGACCGUUAAUUACAUUACAAAGCCUGAAACACCCAGUUCUCUUAAUUUGCAAAACAGGCUCAUAAUGAAUGAACAAGUAAAGUAUUUGCUACAAACUCAAAUACACAUAGCCGGUAAUUAAAAGGGCAAUGUUGACUUCCGAUUUUGUUCAUAAUUUUAUAUUUUAAAUGCGUUAUUUAACAGAAGAUGCAACAAAAAAUAUAUAUGAUACAAUACGAAUAUCUAUUCUACAAAUGUGCAUUUUACUUUUUAAGGAUCAUUAAAGUUCAUGCCCCAUUAAUUUCAUAGAAUCACAGCUAAUUAAUAGAUGAUGUAAUACUCAAUCCCAGUUUAACGUUUGCUGUUAGCUUGUUUUUGGGGUUUUUUUUGGUGUGUUUUGUUGCCUACAGACACCAGAAUGAUAAAAAAAAAUAAAAAAAACAUAUGAAGUCUUUUGGGAAUAUAAUUUGCAGGCCUGUGGUUUAAAGCGAAAAAAACACAUAAUUCUGGGGAAAAAAAAGAAAACCAUAAAAAUAUUGCGUUUGUAUAAAUUUUUCUUGAUGUAAUCAAAUAAUUUUACGUGACACUCUCAAAAGUGACAAUUCCUUAUUCCUCACUUAGUAAAGCUUGUGACGCUUUUAUGAGGAUGAGUUGCACUGCGGAGGCAAGUAUUUGAUUGGAGUGACUCCUAAAUCUAUAAUACAGAUCUGCCUUCUCUUAUCCAAACCAGGAAGUGGUUAUGAUGUUCUUAACCAAUCACUGAAAUGUAAUGUCAUCCAGUGGGCAUAUGUGCACGUGAUCACUACAUCCCCUCAUGAUAGCAUUAUGCCUGUGAAGCAUAUGCACCCGUGACCCUAAAAAAUAACUUCAUGAAUAACAUUUUGAAGUGAUGCUUCCUUUUCCAUCUCCCUUUGGAAGUGAGAGCCCAGCUAAAGAGGCACUAUGGUUACACUGUAAAGCUGUUCAGGUGCCUUAACUGUUUCUUUAAUUUAUUCUAAAACAUGUAUAGUGCAUUAGGUGAUAUGUCAAAAUAUAUCAUUUUGCAGUAUAAUUUCACACCUUGUAUCAGUGGUUGAUGUAAAAUGCAACCAUGUUCAGUUGGUAAAUGAUUUUGGCAUGAACAAGAAAUUGUACAGUUAACUAGAUAAAUACAAAACCAUAUGGUUUGUGGUUUGCUAUUGGAGAAUAUGAUGUGUAGGCCCAGUAAAUCUAUUAAAUAGAACUGUUCCCCCUCCCCAGCUUAAAAAUAAACUUAAACAUACCCGUGUCCCCAUGCUGAGGCACAAGUUCAUCCUGCAGCCAAAACACCUGUGACGUCACUCCAAUUUUAUUUAGGGGCAAGAAGCGUACUGAAACCAGGCGGGUGAGAGGACUUAGGGCAGAUUAAAAGAGGGACUAUGCUGAUAUUAAUGUUGGUCGUCUGUCACCUUACAUGUACACAAUUGCCAUUAGCAGCCCAGAGCUCUUAUUCAGAGGUGGCGUUACACUACUAGCAGCAACACUAAAUAAAUGUGUUUUAACUGAAACACUGCACAUAUCAUCUUAAAGCACUAUGACCACUUCAGAUCACUGAAGUGGUCAUGAUGUUCACAGGAUUCCUUUUAAAUGUCUUCUACUAGAUUACUAGAAGGUAACCAGGCCUUAAAGUUCUUCUUGUCAGGGUUGGUAUAUAUUGUAUUAUUUAUAUUUAAAAUCUUAUUCCUUUACUUGCCAGCCCAUAAAUAAUUGCUCCAGACCGUGGAUAACGUUACUUAUGUCUAUUCCUCUGGGGGUUUUUUAACCCCUUUCUCCUUAAUUUUUAUUUAUUUUUUUAUUUUAAGGCAACUUUAAAGUACUCAAAUUUCCGUUUCAGGUCUCCCAAGCAUUGUACAGGUUUGGAUGAGUCAAAUAUUACAUGUGUAUGUGCAAUACUAGAGGCAGAUGAAGUUCUUGGUGGUAUUUCCAGUUUUGCAGGAAUUCUUUGAAUCAAAAUCCCUGCAGGGUAGAGACAUUUACUGUGUUUUAGCUCAUUUACUUUAAGCAGCUGUUUGGUAGGGUUUUUAAUUUGUUUUAAUCUUCUUCAUCUCUUCUAGUCGUAUUUUUCAAGAUAUUUAAGUUAGUUCUGUCUCUUUUGAGCUUUUCAUGUAGGUAGAAUUAGGGCCGCAACUAACAAUUGUUUUGAUAAGCUGUUGUUUGUUUAUUUUUUUUUCUAUUAAUCUAGUUAAAAUAAAAGAGGAAAAUUAAGGUUACCUCAGCAUCUACUUACAACAUCCUUAAACAAAUAAGUGCCUAAAGUGAAUUCACACUUUAGUGAGUAACCCUUUUUGAAUAAGUUGGGAUAUAUUUUAAAUACUCCAUAAUGUUAUACACACUCAGAAUCCUACUGCUCGACCCAGCAGGACUGGCUAUCACUAACUGAUGGCCACCCUGCUCUUCAUCCAUAGUCUCAUUACCCUGUUUCAGUGUGCAUCAUGCUGGAGAUAUGUCUAUGAAAUGUCAGUCGGUGUGUGUGUAUUUCUGUAGCGCAUCAGUGUGGGAAUCAAUGAUUGUAUUUAGGUGGAGCAUCAGUGUGCAGACAUCUGGGUGUAUCUCUGUGUUGCGUCAGUGUGCGGACAUGGGGGGGGUGAGUUGUAUUUUAGCAAACUAAUGAAAGAUUGGGAUGGAGAAGGGGGGGGGUAUGUUUUUGGUUAGGGAAGCACUAGGAAGCUAUUACAUGUGCUCAACAAAAUGCAGUCUAGUGCCAAUUCAGUACAUCUUUGUGGAGAGUAUUCAGCAUCUCCAUCAUGUACAGAGUAGAGAUGCUGAACGUAGGUCCAGAAAAGAUUGUAGGACCUAAUCCCAGAAGUCCCUCUAGUGCGAGUAUAGACAGCCUUUGGCACUCCAGAUGUUAUAGACUUCAUCUUCCAUAGUGCUGACAAAGCAUCAGGGGAGAUGCAGUCCACAACAUCUGGAGUACUAAAUGUUGCCUUUCCCUGCUCUAGUGGCUGUUUGAUAGCCAUUAGAGGUGUUAAUAAGCCACAAUGUAAACACUGCCUUUUCUCUUAAAAGAAAACAUAUGCAAUACUAAGCUUGCAGGGACAGACUAUGGACACCAGAACCACUACAUUAAACUAUAGUGGUUGUAACCACUAUAGUGUUUGUUUGAAAAAGACUUAGAGAAAUGUAUUUGUCUUAUUUGCCUCAAAUCAUUCUUAAAACUAGGAACAUGCUUUAUAUGGCGUAUUUAUCACAUUACUGCUGCUUGCGUCCUUUGAAUUUAGUUUUUACAUUGGCCAUCUCUGUAUCUAUUAAUGCUACCCUGAGGAGUCUUUCUAGCACAGGGUUGGAUAACUUUAGGUGCUUCAGCUGUUUCCAUAAUGCAGCUACCAGCAUCCAUGACUUGCUGGUUGAUGAUGCUUUGUGUCAUAACUUAAAGGGACACUCCAGGCACUCAGACCACUUCAGCUCAUAGCCUGACCCAGCGUCAUUGGUGCUAGAUUCAGGUAAGUAGCUGAAGGGGUUUAAACAGGUUUGUUUUCCUGGCACUGGAGAAUUCCUUUAACCCCUUAAGGACCAAACUUCUGGAAUAAAAGGGAAUCAUGACCUGUCACACAUUUCAUGUGUCCUUAAGGGGUUAAAGAAAGCCUUUCAUUUCUCAAAACUAUUUUUUUAUUUUCCCCAAUUUUAGUCAGGGAGGCUCAAUAUAACUUGGUUGAAAAAGACAGACAUUUAGUGUGCUCCAAGUGUUAAAAGCUAUUUAAGUGGUAAACUGAUUAGAUGAGGUGUUGAUGUAAAUUGAUUUGUGUUUUCAUGGAUAUAGUGACUAUCUCUGUUGAAUUCAUGCACCAGGAUACUGAAGAACGUAUAAUCACUACAGUGAGAGAUGUGUGCUUUUGUUACUUACAUCAGGUCUUGACAAAUUUGCUUUGAAUCUAGGAGCCUGCUAAAAAAGCUAGGAGCAAGUUUUUUUUUUUUUUUAAACCUUUAUUUUCAAAAACAAAAAUGCAAAAUACUUAACGGGACACAGCUUAAUGUAGUGGUACCGGUGUCUGUAGCCUGACCCUGCAGGCUUUUCAAUGUAAACAGUGUUUAUAUUGCUGCCUAGUUAUACUUCUAGUGGUAGUCACUCAGAUGCCUACUGGAGAUGCCUCCUAGUCCAGUGCUGCACCCUGUGCAGCACCUGUGUUCAGGUCUCCACGCUCUGUAUGAUGGUGCCUAAUGUUCCCCAUAGAGAUACACUGAAUUAAUGUCUCUCUAUGAGAUGCAGAUUGGCACAGAGCAGUGUUUUUUGCCACGCAUGCGUAAUAACCUCUCAAUGCUUCAAUGCUUUCCUAUGGGAAUGCAUUGGAUUGGUUGAAAUCAUCACAACUGAUUAUCUCCGCCAUGGGGGCAGGAUCAGCCGGCUAAAUUAGAACUAUUGAAAUGGUCUGCCUUAAAAUGGGAACUUGGUUCUUCAGUAUUUGAUUCACAAAUAUACCUUGUAGUUGUUGCACUGUCUACUGACUGUUCUGUUGCUAAGGUAACCAGAAUUGCUAAUGCAUCUGCUGUAUAACUUGAAACUGUAAUGUCCUAAAGAUACUCUAAGUGAACUCUAUGCAUAGUCUCAGGGCAGAUGGCUAUAUGUUUAUUACUAUGGGUCAUUUAAAAAAAAAUAAAAUAAAAAAAAAUUCCAGGGAUAAGUUUGAAAUCUUCAGGGUUUUUGACAUUUUGUUAAUUUGAGACUCUAGGCUUCAAAACCAGUACACACUAAUGUAGUGGUUUUGCUGUUACAGUUCGCAAACUAUGUAAAUCUGUAAUUUCUAAAAACAAAAAACAGUAAUACAUGCAGUGGUUGUCAGACUGACUACCACUAGAAGCACUUACUACUUAAAGGUUUAAUCCAAGCACCAUGAUCACUUCAGUGAUUUGAAGUGGUCCCAGGGUGUUUGGAGUCUGUGCUGCACAUACAGAGAAUAAAGCGAUCCUAUAGUGCCAGGAAAACAAACCCGUUAAUAGGGGAUCCUGAGGGGGGUUAAUAGGUGUCGUCGUCCCCCCACUGAGCUGAAAGGGUUAAAACUCUUGGCGCUGGUGACCUCUCCUCCCUCUGCCGACAUCAGCUCCAGAGUGGUGCCGAAUGCGUAUUCAAACCCGCUCAUAGGAAAGCAUUACUCAGUGCUUUCCUAUGGGGGGUCUUAUCUGACGCUGGACUCCGUGAGGACGUCCAGCGUCAUUUCAGUUCGAUUUACUCACUGAGAAUCGUAGAAGCGGCCUCUAGUGGCUGUCUGGGAGACCGUGGAAUCAUGGAGCCUGGUGGGGACUUGGGUAAAGAGGAAAACUGUUGCUAAAUUGUUUGCCACACUACUGGGGAACUCAGCCAGAGUUCUCUUGGUAAGCAAGCUGUAGUGGUUAUGAAGCUUGGAGUAACCCUUUAACACCUUCAAUAUUCAAGUGUCAUCAUGCACAAGAUUAUGGUGCCAAACGCAUUCAUUGGUUUUCUGUGAGAAGCAUUGGAUACAGAGCUUCAGGCGCUGAAUGCUUGUGCUGGGCUUGUUACAGCAACAUGCAGAGAAAUGUGCAUUUUACGUGUGUGUGUGUGUGUUUGAAGUGUUUCACUAUAAAACGCAACACAUUCAGGCUCCUAGCACCAUGGCCACUUCAAAUCACUAAGUGGUGAUGGUGCUUGCAGUAACCGUUUAAUUUUAAAUUAGUUAAAUGUAAGAUGCCAAUCAAUUGUAUAUUAAAUGUUGUCAAUUCUAUUUCUCCAGGCAGAAGGAAAUCUGUUAAUUAUAAAAAGAGAAUAGAGCUAAAUAAACAAGAAAAGAAAGCAUUACCAGAAAUCGGCGGAACUGAAAUGAAGGACUCACCAGAAGGUAAGAUGGGGCCACAUUAUGCAACUAUUCAUUAACCUCUUGACAACCCAUGAUUUCAAAGCAAAUCGUGGGGAAUAGUCCCAAGAGGGACUCACUGUGUGUCUGGCUCUGAUCCCUUGUCUGGUAUAUCAUCCCAUGUCAUUGCAUUAAGACUGUGCCAGUUCAUCAAGCCUAUGUCUCUGAGUGCAGAGAGCAAGGCAUUGAGAGAAGCAAGAGAUUAAAAUAUACAAGCAUAAAGUAAUAUAGCAAUAUACAGGACCAUAAAUAAAGCAGCAAAAAUAUAUGAUAACAAUAACUGGCUUUCCUUGGAGUCAAAUGCAAUCUUGGUAAUGACUGCUCUAUAGUAAGUGAUGAUGUUACAACUACAUGUUUGUUGGUCUACCCACUGUAAAGCGCUGCGGAAUUUGUUGGCGCUAUAUAAAAACCAUAAUAAUGAUGAGACUAUUCCUCCUCAGUAUGUAUCAAACAUGAAUUAUUGCCCUUUGUGUAGAAUAUAUUGUCAGUUUACACCUUAAAGGACCACUUCAGGUCAAUGAAGUGGUCUGGGUGCCAGGUCCCCCAGGUUUUAACCCUUCAGAUGUAAACAUAGCAGUUUCAUAGAAACUGCUAUGUUUACAUUGCAGGGUUAAUCCAGCCUCUAGUGGCUGUCUUCCUGACAGCCGCUAGAAGCGCUUCACCGACGCUCAAUGCGAAAAUUGCAUGGAGCAUGCAGAACUUCCCUAGGAAAGCAUUGAGAAAUGCUUUCCUAUGGGCAUUUUUAAUGCGCGCGCCGAGGGAGCCUGGCGCUGGAUAAAGGUAAGUGGCUAUAACCUCUUCAACCCAGCGGGAGGGGGGUCCUGAGGACAGUAUAGUGCCAGGAAAACAAGAUUAUUUUCCUGACACUAUAGUGAUCAUUUAAGUAAAUGUAACUUAUUUGCCCAACUUUCCUUUCCACCAAGUUGUGUUUGGUUUUUCUUUUUUUUAAUUUAUUUUUUUAUAUAUAAGUGAUGGUAGAACGCUUUCCCUCACAAAAUACCCUGGUCAGUCAGAAGGACCAGAUGAUAACAAAAAUUUAAUUCUUUUAUAAGUUGCAUUGAGUAUUGAACCUAUAUAUAGCACCCUAGCUUUGUCUUUUUUCUAUUAGGCUAGGGUCUUGGCUUAUUGGAAUGUUGUGGAGCCAAUACCAUCAUAAACAAAGAAUCCAUUUAGUACAUUGAAAUGAAUAGAGAAUGUAAACCAAAGCAGGUUUUACCGUUUCUUUAAUGGAACUCUUAUUUUUUUUUAAAUAUAUCUAGUAAUUUGUCUAUCAUAUACAUGUAUCUGUAAUGUACAAGAAAAAUAGGUGUCGAGAAUAAAUCAUUAUUUAGGAUUAUGCAAUUUCUAAUUGUGAUUUGCUUACAUUUUUACAAACAAAAAGUAAAAUCUUAUUUCUCUCCUUCCUUUUUACAGCCGCUAAAGAAGACGAUGCAAAACCACUUGGUUCACCAUUGCUGUCUCUUGAACAAACUGCUGUGAUCCAACAAAUGGUGAACCAGAACGUCCUUCCAGAACUUAUUUCCAUCUCCACUCCAGAAGUACAGAAAUUACAAGACCAGAAAACUCCUGAGGCAGCUAUUGCUGGGCAGGAAUUUGUUGAUGAUUUUAAUAAAGAAAGUUCAGAGCGCGACUCUGUAAACCUAGAUGACGACCGGUUAGAAGCACUAGAUGAUUUUAAAAGUACAUCUGAUGAAACUCCAGAAAGCUCCCCCAAAAAGAAACCAGCUGCUAAAUUCCCUAAAACAAAGGGGGAAGUGAAUGGGGAAUUUUCUGAAUCUUUUAUGUUCCCAUGCCAGCAUUGUGAACGCAAAUUUACAACCAAACAAGGACUAGAGCGACAUAUGCAUAUUCAUGUUUCAACUGUAAACCAUGCUUUCAAAUGCAGAUACUGUGGGAAGGCAUUUGGCACACAGAUUAAUCGCAGGAGACAUGAACGACGCCAUGAAGCUGGUCCAAAAAGAAAGUCUUUAAUUUUAUCUUCAACCAGUGAAUUCAGUCAAGAUCAGAAACAUAUUAUCGAUUCUUUGAAAGCACCUGAGGAACACAACAGUUCUAAGCUUAACUAUAAGUUAACAGACUCUGACAGAGAAGCAUCACUUUCUGGUCUUGCAGAAGAAAAUGGAGACUCCAGGGAACUGCAUCCUUGUAAAUAUUGUAAGAAGAUUUUCGGAACUCAUACAAACAUGCGUCGGCAUCAGCGCAGAGUUCAUGAGCGCCAUCUUCUUCCAAAAGGGAGAAGAAAAGGAAAUCUAUUUGUAGAUCCUCAGCUAAAAUCUGAACAAACUCCACCUGUUGAAAAUAUAUAUGUAGCAAAUACAGAAAUUGAAGAAGAUGGUGAAGCUGAUGACAUAUACAUAAUGGAUAUUUCCAAUAAUAUAACAGAGAAUCUGACAUACUAUAUUGAUGGUAAAAUACAACCAAGCAAUACAAGCACUUGUGAUGUAGUUGAAGUGGAAGCUAACUCUUCAGAUACACUGGGUAUUGGUUGUCUAAUUACUCCAAUUAAAGUUGAAGUCUCUCAGAACAUUAGACCAUUGCAAACUGCAUCAGAUAAUUCACUUGGCGAUUCCACUUGUAGUGGAAAAACUGAACCAAAAAAGAGAAGAACGAUUAGUCCACCUCUGCUAUCAAAGAUAAAAACUGAGGUGGAGGUUGAGCCAAUAACCCCUUCUUGCUCUUUAAGCAUACCACUAAGUGUUUCAGUAGGAGAUAAUUUACCAUUUCAAAAAGACAAAGGUGCAUUCCUGUCUUCAAAACUGAAACAACUUCUUCAAAUGCAAGAUAGUAGAAAGUCCCCUCUCAGUCCAUCUUUACUUUCAGAGGUUCCCAAAAUCAUCCCUGCUGUGUCCUCUCUGUCAACAGGAUCUAACAGAUUUAAAAGACGCACAAUCUCUCCUCCUAAUUCUCCACAACACAGCCCAGCUCCUAAAGAUUUUGUUAAGCAGAUGGAUGUAAAACCAGCUUGGAAUGAUGGUGUUUGUUCAAAAAUACCAAAGUUAGAAAGCCAGGGUAGUUCACCUGUUUGGAGUUUGUCUGGCAGAGAGGAGAAAGAUGAUGCAAGCCCUAUGUGCUCAGAAGAUUCAAAAAUGUGUAGAAAUUGGACUUCAGAUGUAGUGUUUGGAAAUGUUUUCAACCAACAGCCACUGGAUUUAUCUAGCGGUUUAAAACAAAAAUCAGAAAGCAGUAGCCGAUCACAGGUUCCUUGGGAGGCUGUUCUAGAUCUUCGUAUUGCUAAAAAGCCCUUGAGUGACACAGAUGUGAAGGAGUACAAAGGGAGUAAUUUAUGUAUUGGUAUCAAAAAGAAAAAACCAACGACAUGUAUGUUAAAGAAAGUUUUAUUAAAUGAGUAUGAUGGAAUUGGAGAUACGGGGGAAAGCAUUCCACAAUCAGAGAGUGCUCUCCUGUCCUGUAAAACAGAAGAGCACAGAAUGGUUUCAGAACUUGGUGUUGGCUCAGGUGAUGAAGUAUCUCUCCCUCCUGAUGAUGCUUCACCUGCUCCACUUGACGAAACAUCUAUACCAGCAUGUCAGUCACCACCUGUUCUUACUCCUUCAGAGAUUCCUUCACCUUCUCCAUCUACUCAUUGUAUGACUGAUGCUACAUCACCUCCUCCUCUUCUCACAACUAAUCUUUCAUCACUUCCUGAUUCUUCUUGCAGUGUUCCUCCCACUCCAUCAUGCCCAUCACCAUUUUCUGCCAGUACACAAUCUCCGCUUCCAGUACUUUCACGUACGGUAUCCCCUUCACCACCACCUUCUCCUGCAACUGAUCAUUCAGUCUGUGAAUCUCCUGGUCCUCCUACUCUUUCUUCUUCAUCUUCAUCCUCCAGCUCCUCCUCCUCCUCUUCUUCUUCCUCUUCUUCUUCUUCAUCUUCUUCGUCAUGCUCUUCUCCUCCACCUUUAUCUGUUGUUUCAUCUAUUGUAUCACCCCCUUUUAUCCCUGAUUCGUCAACAACAUUUGUUAAGAAAGAGAAGUCUGAGCAACAUUUGACACACAGUGAGCCUUCAAACAUCAGGAAGAAUGAGUCUAUUGCUGAAAGUUUUAAUAAAACCUUUGUGUGCAAUGUUUGUGAAUCGCCAUUCACCUCUAUUAAAGACCUUGCCAAACAUAUUUUUGUGCACGCUGAAGAAUUUCCCUUCAAAUGUGAAUUUUGUGUACAGCUUUUUAAAGAGGUGUCAAACCUUUCAGAACACCGUUCCUUGCUUCAUGGAGUUGGGAAGAUUUUUGUUUGUUCCUUGUGCAAAAAGGAAUUUGCUUUUCUUUGUAACUUACAGCAACAUCAACAGGAUCUACAUGCAGAUAAAGAGUACAGUCAUCAUGAAUUAGAAAGUGGGACCCUUAGACCGCAAAACUUUACAGAUCCAAGUAAAGCAAAUGUAAUUCACAAUCAAAUAGCAGAGGAUGAUCCAAUGACUCCAUCUCCAGAAGAAGACGGUGAUUUAAAUGAUUCGUCAGAAGAACUUUAUACAACAAUAAAAAUUAUGGCUUCUGGGGAAAAGGCAAAAGAUCCUGAUGUUCGAAUGGGCCUUAACCAGCACUACCCCAGCUUUAAACCACCUCCUUUCCAAUACCACAAUAAAAAUCCCAUGGGUAUUGGGGCAACUGCAACAAACUUCACAACUCACAAUAUUCCACAAACCUUUACUACUGCUAUACGUUGCACUAAAUGUGGAAAAGGAGUUGACAAUAUGCCAGAGUUACACAAACAUAUUUUGGUAUGUGCUUCUGCAAGUGACAAAAAGAGAUACACUCCUCAAAAAAAUCCAGUUCCCUUGAGACAGACUGUGCAGCCUAAAAAUGGAGUUGUGGUUCUUGAAUCCCCUGAAAAGAGCUCAUUUCGGAGGAUGGGACAGCCCAAGAAACUUAAUUUUACCAUUGAAAUGGGUAAAAUGUCUUCAGGCAAACUCAAAUUGAAUGCCUUGAAAAAGAAAAAACAACUUGUCCACAAAGCAAUUGUGCAGAAGAACAAAACUGCCAAGCAAAAAUCAGAAUUUAAAAUGUCUCUUCCCUCUGAUCUCGAUUCUCACGUCUGUCCAUACUGUAACAGGAAGUUCACCUACAUUAGAAGUCUGAACAAGCAUGCAUCCUUUAGUUGUCCAAAGAAGCCAGCAUCUCCACCACCCAAAAAACAUACAAAGUCAUCCAAAAAGGCCAAUUCUGGUUUAUCAUCAUCUACUAAGAAACGCAAGAUCAGCAGCACUCGGAGGACAGCUGACACUGAAAUAAAAAUGCAAAGCACAGAGACUCAUCUAGGUAAAACCAGAGCGAGAAGCUUGGCUCCUUCCCCUGUUCAGUUAAGUCCAGUACCGGUUAAAUACAAGCAAAGUGUGAAAAAUGCACCUCAGGUUAAAGCAAAAAAGCAGAAUCUUUCUAUUGUAAGGAACUCUAGCCCCUUGAGAAUAACCAAAAAUCAUACUGCCAUAGAGGGGAAAAAGACAAAAAAAAUAGCACUGAGUAACUUGCAACAGUCCUUUGGUAAAGCAUCUCGGAAACUCCAUGUCAGAGUGCAAAAAGGCAAGUUACAAAAUAAAUCCAUGACAAAAAAGAAGAAAAAGGAUAAGUUCCGAGGCAAAUCUAGGGAGAGAAUUGGUGGCCCAAUUACUAGGAGCUCUCAACUAACUUCAAGCACGGAAUACCUAAACGAUAAACGAGAUGAUUCAUAUGGAAAACACGAUUCAAGGUAAUACACAAUAGUUUUGUAUUUCUCAUUUAUAUUUGUAACUAAAACUCACAAUUUUUGUGUGUAUAUAUUCUCUCUCUCGCCCCCUCUUCUCUCUCGCCCCCUCUUCUCUCUCGCACCCCCUCUCUCACCUCCCCCCUCUCUCACCUCCCCUUCUCUUUUAAUAACCUCUUCAGUCACUUACCUGGGUCCAGCGCCGAUGUCCCUUGGCGCUGGCUCAGCUCUGCCCACGCCACCAGCUGCUGGCGGGUGAGACCUAAUGCACAUGCGCGUCAAUGGCCCAAGCGCGCAUUAGACCUCCCCAUAGGAAAGCAUUACUCUUUCCUAUGCAAUGCGUUCCUAUGGGGAUUCCGGUGAUGCUAGACCUCCUCAUGCAGAGCGUAGGGAUGUUGAAUGUCAUUUAAAACACUUUUCAUGCUCUAAGAACUCGGAAGCACCAUCUAGCGGCUGUCUGAGAGACCGCAACUAGAGGUGGGAUUAGCCAUGUAAUCAAAACACUAGGGUUUCUCCAAUCUCCACUGAUAACAGGGCUAAUGGGAUAGGGGCAAGGCAUCCAGACCACUCCAAUGGGCAGAAGUGGUCUGGGUGCCUACAGUGUCCCUUUAAAUGUUCAUUUGGUCUCAAUGAAUAUUAAUGGAAAUUCCAGUAACUGCUCCUCCAAGUGGUACAUGUCAGGAAAAUGCUUGGAAUUAUGAAAAAAAACCAACAACAAAAAAAAACCUUAAACUUGCAAAUAAGGAUUGCUCUCAAGGAGCAAAGUCUACUUGUACUUGAUUCAUCUGGUCCGCCAACCCAUAUUCUGCUUUUCAUGUUUUAGUUUCUGAAAUCCCAGAUCCAAUUAGUCUGUUUUAUUUGUCAGAUUUAGAUUGUAACCCCACACCUUUCUGUUUUCAUUUUUAAAGGAACACACACAGGGUUAUUUUACUAAAGUGUGCAUUGUCAGGAUUCCAGAGUAAAUUUAAGCUGAAAAAACUCUUUUAAGUCCGCUAGGCUUCCAGUUUGAAAUCCUCACUUUAGUAAAUAACCCUGACAGCGUUAUUAGCGUUAUUACCAAAUGAAUUGCUAUUUUUAUUCAAAAGUUGCCAGAUUAAAAGAAGAGGGGAGAAAAUAAAACAUUUUGUAACUCAAGCAUAUCUUUAGCCUACCAUAUGCUGUUCUCUGAUCAAUUCUCAGUUUAGUGGAUAAACCCUGUCAUUUAAAAGGAACACUCACAGGGUAAGUAGUUAAACAGUUUGACAACUUACCUAGAGUUUGCCAGAGGCUAGUUGCCUUGUUCUCUGCUGUCAGAAGCUGAAGCACUGAUCUAAUCCCAUAGCUGCAGGUCUUAUUGGAAGAGGGCACUCAUCUGACGCCCUCUCUGUCAAUGAGCUAGCUCUGCACAGUAGAGCUUAGCUUAGUGGAGCUAAUGGAAGCUCCUAGCAAGAAUUUCUGGCUCCAGGAGAGGCUGCAACCUAUGCUAAUCUCAGUUUCUUAUACUAUUUACCCUGAGAGGCCACUCCUGGCACCUUACUCACUACUGCACACUGUAGUGGUUGUGUUGUUUGGAGUGUUCCUUUUAUUCAUUUAUAGAAAUUAUACCUAAGUUUACCCAAACAGGGCAUCUGCUCAGUAAAGCUUAAUUGGCUAGUGCAGAUUAGCACACGUAGCUCUCUCAAAUUUACCAGCAGUCAGCUGUAUUUCCAGCUUUCCAAAUAAUCUUCCCAAGUGUCCCAGUCAUGUUAAACCUUUUUUCCGAUUCUUCACCCAUGUUAUUCCAGGCUUUUCAUUCCAUAGUCUUCAUUCCUCCAGACUUCCAUCCUUCCCAAUAUUUUUCAAAUGUACCCACUUCCUUGUUCAUAGUCCGUCAAUCCAUUCCUCCUAUUACCUGCAGUUUAAAGUUCUAUUUUUCUUGCAUAGUAGAAGCUCAUCUUUAUUAAAGGAGCACUAUAGUGCCAGGAAAACAAACUCGUUUUCCUGGCACUAUGUAGUCCUUAGGUCCCCCCCCCUUCAUGGCCACCCACCCUCUGGGCUAAGGGGGUUAUAGCCACUUUCCUUUCUCCAGCGCCGGGCUCCCUCGGCGCUGAGGAACUCUCCUCCUCCUGCCAAUGUCCAUGCCGAAUGCUCAUGCGCGGCAAGAGCCACGCGCACAUUCAAUCUGCCCAUAGGGGAGAGCAUUACUCAAUGCUUUCCUAUGGACUUCAGCGUCUUAUCACUGAUUUUCACAGUGAGAAUCGCGGAGGCGACCUCUAGUGGCUGUCAGUGAGACAGCCACUAUAGGCUGGAUUAACCCUCAGUGUAAACAUAGCAGUUUCUCUGAAACUGCUAUGUUUUCAGCUGCAUGGUUAAAACUAGAGGGACCUGGCACUCAGACCACUUCAUUGAGCUGAAGUGGUCUUGGUGCCUAUAGUGGUCCUUUAAGCCAGAAUGAUAGAAGCCACCCCUGUUUGAUUGUCAAUUGCUUCUCAUGUGUUAUACAUGCUUACAGGCUUAAAACCUUGGUGGAGCAAGUGAUAUAAUUUUCAAAGCUCUGAUCCUAAGAAGACCCAAAUAAAUGCACUCUUCGAUCUCUUACAUAUACUGGUAAUUUCAGAUACAGAACGAGACCUCUGCAGGGUGUGGACACUUUUUAUUUUUUUCUUUUUUUUUUUUUCUUUCAAUCUACUUGUCCAAAGGACUAAAGCAGUAGCACAGUCUACUUGAUCAGACAAUCUACUUGAUCAGGAUACAGCUGUAGAUCUACAAAAAAUAAAAUGAAACAAUAGUGCAACACUGUAUGGUAAGGUAUAAGUGCACUGUGUAGAAUAUAACUCACAAGGUCGAUGAAUAAUUUGCGCCCAAGGGUGCCUUCCCUGAUGAAGAUGGGGAGGCGUGAAACCAAUUCCUGUUCCAAGGAAGGCAAAAUACGACUCGGGAUGUGAAGUAAAAAAGAUUUCUUCUUUAUUUAAAAGAAUUUAAAAGUAAAAGUAUACAAAUAAGCUGUUAUGGUACCAUGUCCUAUGCAUUUCGUCCAAAAGGACUUCCUCAGGGACCUCUUCGUAUGGAGAUGAGUAACCGCAAUAAAACAGAUACAAAUAAACCAUAAAAACCCUCCCCCCGAGUCCUUUCUUUUAUACUGAAGGUUGUUCCUCAUUGGUGCUUCACUGUGCGUCUGUUCAUUGAUGCAGCUGUUUGUAAUCAAAUUUCCCGGGUUUCGACGAUUCCGUGAUGUUACUUCCGGUUUUCGGCAGUUGCGCGACAUCGCUUCCGGUUCAGCGAUUCAUUCCUGUGAUCUAAAUGGGUGUGUGCGUUUCAUUACAGGGAAUCAUGCGUUCCACCUAUAGCUUUAUAUGAUAAGUAGGUUAAUCAUGGGAGCCCUUAGGGCUCAAAAAGUAAAAAAAAUCGAAACUGAAAAUAAAUAAAAAAACAUAAGUUAUUUACAAGACACAGGAUCUUUUGCAAAUGAAAAAAACAUGGAGAUCUGCUCAUUAAGAUCAAUAUGUAUACAUGGAAGGUUAAAUAUUUUGCCCAUGUUGGCUAAUUUUAUCGAUGUUUGUGAUUUCUAGGCACCUGAGUGAGUGAUUAAUGGCAAUGUUGCUAUAUGUUCAAUGCCAGCCACUUCCAUGUAAAAAAGUUAUAAGAUCUCCAAGUUCUUGCCUGCUUUUUUUUUUUUUUUUAUACAUACAUUUUUGGUUUGGAAUAUGAGAACUGCCAUGUCCCAACAUCUGAAUCAACAGAAAAAGGAUAUGAAAAUAUAAAUGUGAAAAUAUAAAAUAAAUUAAAAAUAUAUAUAUAUAUAUAUAUAAUAAAAUGGAAAUCAACAACAGGAAACAAAAGAGAAAUCUUAAAAGAUUUUGUCAGCACAUCAACGGGGAAAAGAUACCGUAUUAGGGACCAUAUUGGAUGCCACACGGACUAUGUGGUGUAUAUACUGCAGUGUCCAUGUGGCAAACAAUAUGUAGGUAAAACUAAGAGGAAAUUAAAAAUUAGGUUCUUUUUUUUUAUUUUUUAUUUUUUGCAGUGCCGAUAGUGAUUACAAACUGGCUGUAGGUACCCCAACGGCAUUCUUCGAGCUGCUUGGCAUAGAUAACGGUAUUUGCUAGGCAAUGCACAUUUUUUGAUAAAAUAGGUACAAGCUAAGAUUACAUGUAGGCAUUAUGUUCUGUCUAUUAUUUACUGGAUACAUGCUUUAAGUACUUGCAUGAAUGUUAUGUUUAAGUAAUAGGAAUAGCAUGCUUCAACAUUAUGGGCAGAUAGGCUAGUUCAUUUUAAACAUAUCCCAUUGUGAUUUGUAGUUAGUAGAGCAGCAGCCUAUGAUUCAUUAGUAGUGUGUAAAAGAGAAGACUAGGCUAGACAUGCAUACGACAGUAGGAGUUUUGUUUAAGGUUGGGGUGGUAUGGCUUUGCGUUCGCAAGAGAAUAAACAUUUGUACUGCACUAAACAGGUCAAACAACCCUGCACAUUGCUAGUAUUAGGAACUGCUAGCAAGAGGAUAAAACCACUGGAGUCCCGAUAAUGAAGCCCCACAGUCCCCCGAGCACUGUACUUUGUGAUGGCAUUUAGAUGCGUGCUUGUAAUUCCCGCCAAUUAACCGGUCUUCGAUCACUGUCACCGCUGGCUCCGUUGAGGGAAGCGACCGCAGCCUGUCAGCAGGUCCAUGGGGGGGGGAAAACGGGACCCAUGAGGAGUGUCCCAGUGCUGUUGUGUGGCCGGUAGAGUUGGAGACAGGGUGGCAGCCGUCCACCCCGCUCCCCUCCCACACAGGCCCCAAAGUUUCGCACAGCCUUCAGGGGCCUCAAAACUCCCGAUCUUGGGGUCGGCAGUAGCGCCCACAGCUGCCUGUUCACUGUGCUGCACUUCUGGCUACUUUUAGGUGUGAUGUGCCAUGUUUUUCGGUCCAAAGGGCCAGAUUGUGCAGCAGCCUUUCCCGCAUGCGACCGGUCAGCAUGGCGGCCAGGCCCCGCCCCCCAAAAAUUAGGUUCUUGGAACAUCAAAAUAAUAUACGAAGAAAAGAUAUUAAACAUACAGUCCUCAUCCAUUGCAACCGUUGUCUCCAUUUUAGUUGGAAGGCUUUCAGGUGCUUUGGUAUAGAACACAUAAAACCUCAUUGGAGGGGUGGUAAUAGGGAGAAGAAACUAGCACAGUGUGAGACCUUCUGGAUCCAUCAGUUAGGCACCCUGGAACCCGGAGGUCUCAAUGCUGAAAUAGAUAUCAUUUGCUUUCUUUAAUGUAAAUUAGAUUGCCAUUUACCAACCAAAAGGACCUGGAAGAAAUAUCACACUAAUAUUUAGCCUUUAUUCAUAUUGCAUAUUUAUUUUUAUUCUGUUAUUACUUUUAUUUUUAUUAUGAUUUUUUUCAUUUUCUUUUUUUCAUUUCCUUAUUUCUAUUUUGAUUUAAAUUUAAUUUUUUAUUUUCAGAUUUGAUAUUCACUUUUAUUUUAUUUCAUUUUAUUAUUUAUAUAUAUAUAUAUAUAUAUAUAUAUAUAUAUAUAUAUAUAUAUAUAUAUAUAUAUAUAUAUAUAUAUUUUAUAUUUUCAUAUCCUUUUUCUGUUGAUUCAGAUGUUGGGACAUGGCAUUUCUCAUAUUCCAAACCAAAAAUGUAUGUAUAAAAAAAGCAGAUCUUAUUACUUUUUUACAUGGAAGUGGCUGGAAUUCAACAUAUAGCAACAUUGCCAUUAAUCACUCAGGUGCCUAGAAAUCACAAACAUCGAUAAAAUUAGCCAACAUGGGCAAAAUAUUUAACCUUCCAUGUAUACAUAGAGAUCUUAAUGAGCAGAUCUCCAUGUUUUUUUCGUUUGCAAAAGAUCCUGUGCCUUGUAAAUAACUGUUCCUUUUUUUAUUUAUUUUCAGUUUCGAUUUUCUUUUUUAUUUUUUGAGCCCUAGGGGCUCCUAUGAUUAACCUACUUAUCAUAGAAAGCUAUAGGUGGAACGCAUGCUUCCCUGUAAUGAAACGCACACACCCAUUUAGAUCGCAAGAAUGAAUCGCCGAACCGGAAGUGACGUUGCACAACUGCCGAAACCCGGGAAAUUGGGGGGGGACGGGGGGACGAAACGCAUAGGACUUGGUACCAGAACAGCUUAUUUGUAUUUACUUUUAAAUAAAGAAGAAAUAUUUUUUUACUCCACAUCCCGAGUCGUAUUUCGCCUUCCUUGGAACAGGAAUUGGUUUCACGCCCCCCAAUCUUCAUCAGGGAAGGCACCCUUGGGCGCAAAUUAUUAAUCAAUCUUGUGAGUUAUAUUCUAUACAGCGCACUUAUACCUUACCAUACAGUGUUGCACUAUUGUUUCAUUUUAUUUUUUGUAGAUAUACAGCUGUAUUCUCAUUUUGUAUAUAUCUAUUCUGUAUUGGAGGGAUUAUUGCUGGGAUAUCCCUGGAGGAAGCUGUCACCACUGUCAAUUAAGAUAAGUGUUAUAUAUUCAACUUUUGUUUUAUGGGCAAAGAGUGAUUGUUCUUUUGUACUAUAUACAUGACAAUCUAUUUGUCCCAACACACAAAAUAGUUUCAAUUGGUACUCUGCCUAAAGCUCUUGACAAGGUUAUUUUCCAAACCUUGUUUAGUUUUUUUUCUUUUUUGUGAAUUAAAUUCAAAUGGAGAUUCUGAGACAAAAAAAAGGCUGAUCUGGGAAAACUCUACAAAACAGCUACUCACAACAUUUUGCUUUAGCUUUUCCAUUCACAUUUAAUUUGUGAAAAUUAAGAAUUACGUGGAUAACCUGAGUGUCUCUACCACCCCUUUCCCCCCUGCCCUCCUCCUUCCAUAUUGUGUGCAGGUGGUGACUGUGCAUGUGUGUAAUGUUUCUGUGAUUCCCCCCCUCCUUCCAUAUUGUGUGCAGGUGGUGACUGUGCAUGUGUGUAAUGUUUCUGUGAUGUUUGCUAGCUGUGCGUAGUGAGGGUGCGCUUUGUUUUGUCCAACUCCUGCAUAGUUUUUUGCAAGGAGGAUAGCUUUGUUUACUGUUGGUCCAAUGUCAAGUCCCUGGUGGUGUAGCAGAGAUUAAAGUCCGUGUAGUUUCAGUGGGAACCCAGCAGAUACAGACCACAGUAAUCACUCCUGCACUCACUUUGUUAGAAUACACAAUAUUUCUGCCUUCUGUCUCAUUAGUGAGCACCGGACCGCCAGGGAGCGAUUACUAUGGAGGUGCACACACAUACCUGUCUGGCCCAGUUCUGUCACAUGUCUCGUGCUGCAGCUCUGCCACUUGCCUGUGGCAUGGCUAAUCUGCCAGACACGCAGAAAAAAAAAUAUGCCUGCCCGUCACCUGGAGCUACAUUUCCUGGGCGUCAGGUGAAAUUGCUCUGAUAUGCUGUAUCUUUGAGGCAUUAAAAAAAAAAAAAAAAAAGAUCACUUGUUACUAAAAAGGUGAGUGCUGGGCUGUUUCUCUUGCCAGUAUCUAAAUUACUUUAUGGCAGGGGUUCCCAAUUAAAUUUUCCCGUGGAACUCUUUGACAUAGUGUAUUAACACAUUGGGAUCCAACCCUACCCCUUACCUGGGGCAUGGUAAGCUUCACUCACUCAACAUCUGGGAUAUAUUCUAUAUUAAGAAUGACAUACCUUCCCUCUUCUUACAUCAAUGUAUUUACUUUCAGUAAAAUACACAAAGUGUCUCGUUAAUUAUAAGAUGCAUAUUUAAUUAUAUAUUUUUGUUUUCUUUAGAACCAUGUUUUAAAGCAAGGCCUUCUGUCUAAUCAUCUGUAAACCAUGGACUGACUGUUGCAUGAUAAAUCUAAAGCAAGCACUACAAGAACAAAUCUAAAUGCAAUUCAAGCUGCAAUUGACAAAUCCACAGUCCUUGCAGUGGAAAUCCUACUUUGAGUUUCCUUAAACGUCGUUUGGCAUGUUGAAAUAAAGGAUGUCCAUUCCAAAAUGGAUUCUGAACACUCAUCUGAGAUAUUCUAAUUUCUAAGAGUAAAACAAUUUUUAAUACAAUUGUACUUGGAACAAAAGUAUAAUAUUCAUGCAGGGAUUAUGAUCUUGAAUUAUGCCUCCUGUGUGUUUUUUUUUUUUUUUUGUUUUUUUUUUUUUUAAAUGUUGGCAAUUCAGGGUUUGGAAUUACAUUGCUGCAUUUGACACAAGCCCCAAAUGAGUAAAAAGAAAGCUUGUAUGAAUUCUAAAGGUUACAUUUAAAAAUGAAUUUGGAAUUACAAUUUUGAAAUCUUGGAUAUUCAUCUUUAACCACCAGAUUUAAGAUAUAGCCUAUUAUAUUGUUUUGCUUUAUUUAGCCAUUUUUCAUUCAUCCAUUUUUUUAUUUAUUUUUUUUGUUUGUUUUUUAAAUAAAUUUAUUCUUACAGAAAUGUAGACAAAAUAUUACUUGGCAGUUAUUAGUUAACCUUCUUCUAAACUUUAUUUUUUUUAUUUUUUUAAAGACCAAAUGGCAUUUCUGAAACAUUUGUGUCUAGUUAUUAAAAAUAAGGUUACUUCACAUCCAUUUUAGUACUGUAGGUUAGGUAAAAGUAUUUAGUUUGGCCUGUUAACUAACUUCUUUUAUAAUUAUUUGGCUCCCAGUUUUUAUUGUUUUGGGGGUUUUUCCUCUACCUUUUUGGAGGUGUAAAUGUUCCAUUUAUUUGGCUAUGGAUAUUUGCAUUUGUAGAUCCCUUAUUAUCAGUUUAAAAAGUAAUCUACCUCUUUGACCGUAGUUUGAACACUUGUUUGGUGAAUUUGUGCCACUUUACCGCUUUCACUAUCAUUCCCAUUUUGUUACAUUUCUCUAACGGGGACUUUUAUGUUCAGAACUUGUACAAAGCAUUUGUAGCGAGAUUAAAAAAAAAAAAAGGCAAAAAAUAAAAUAUUUAAAAUUAUUUAAAUUGUUUUGGAGAUGUCAGUUGUAUUAUGUGAUUUCUUUGUUUUAGUAAUGCUGUUCUACUUUUGCAGAUGUUAAUUUUAAUCGUUCAUGUACUGAUGAACUUGUUCCAUAUUAUGUUCAGUUUUUCUUUCUUUCGUUCUUUUUUUCUUUUUUUUUUCCCAAAUGAUUUUAAAAAUAUGUGAAAUAACAGUUUGCAACUUUGGCAUACCAAUAAUAAGGUUGUCACAUUACAACAUUAACAAAUAUAUUUUAAGUAGAGGUAUACAACUAAGAUGUGGUUUCUGCUAUUUUUAUUCUGGCAUGAAAUCUUGUGAUUGUCAGAUGUGUUUUAAAAUGGAAACAAAAACUUUAUGCUGUUUCAAGCACUUAACCUUAUAGAUAGGGCUACCGUGAAACAUUUUAUAUACCUGUAAUCAAAAAAACAAACAAAAAAAUACUUUAUUAAACCAGUUUUUUGGAAAUCUUCCAUUUUGUUUUAAAGUUUGUUUAUUGUAAACACUUGUUUUUUAAUCAAGUUGUGUGUUCUGAUGCUUUCAGGAAUCCAGAAGUCUGUUUUCCAACUACAGGAGACAAAUAGAGCAGGUGUCUCUCUCUGUACUAAAUAAAGGUAGUGUACUAACCAAAUCCUAUCCUACUAAGAGUGGUUAAUCUUCCCUGUUGCUUUAACUCCAUCAACAAGCAAGUUGCAAAAAAAAGAAAC